GUUUCCCGGGGCGGCUGCCUGAGAACUCCGACCCGCUUCCUCAGCCUCCUCCCAAGAACGCGCUCAUUGGCCAAAGCAAGAGAAGCCUGGGACCAAUGGGGAAGCCGCCUGGAAAGCGGCGUUCCUCCCCUGUUCUCAAGUGGAAGCCGCGACCGCAGCAUCCCGUCCCCGCUGCUUGGAAGGGAAAGGCGAAGGGGCCACUGACUGGGGAGGGGGGGUGGUCUCGCCUGGCAGGCGCUUCUCUUUCCCGAGGGUGCCUCAGCCCAGGCCAUUCCCGCUGAGGGGAAGGCAAAGCAAGCCGCCGCUGCGAGAGGGACAAAGCUGGCCAAGCUUCCUCUCCUGCUGAAGUCGUAGUCUGCCUGCCUCUCCUCUUCCCCGGGGACUGAGGGGAGCCAACUGGGGUUGGAGGCAGCUGAGGAGGCGACCCUGGCAGUCCCUCGCCUGGGGAGGGAGAAGCCUCGGGGCGGGGUGGGCGGAGAGACGCGGCGCCGAGGAGCGAGCCGGCAAGUUGUGGCUGCGUGCGCGGAGGUCUAUGUCUCGCGAGGAGCCGCAGAAGGUCACCGCCAAGUGGAGGAGGCACCAUGGUCCUGGAGCGCAUCUUCAGGUAAUGGAGACCACGGGGAGGGGAGGGGGCUGGGCUGAGGGGAAGAAAGAAAGAAAACCAGGUGUGGCUGCGCUGGUCCCUCUCUGAGGAAACCGGGCGGGAAACUCUCAACUUCUGACCCCGGAUUCUCCCCUUCCUUUUUACCUCAGAGCGCAAAAGUUCUGGGACGGCGCCUGCUGCUUUGCGCCCCUUGAAAUGUGGAAGAAAUAUUUUUCCUCUUUCCCUCAGAGAGACCACGGGCUGGGCUGCUUGUGCCCUCAGCUACUUUUUGGAGAGUUAUGCCGGAAUGGCUCGUUAUUUCUCUGUUUUAAAGGUUAGGAUUUUUGUUCGCAUUAACCCUUUUCUGGUUGAGGCAUAGCUUAAUGAGGCUUUCAGAGACCAAAAAAAGAGAAACCUCGCUGUGUUCUCUUUUAGAGCUUGUGAUUUUAUUUAUUUUUUUAAAAAACCCCAACAAUUAGCUCGCCUAACAUCUGUCUUUCUCCUGUGGUACCCAAGCAAGUCUUAUUCUUAGAUUUUUUUUUGUGAGACAUUGUUGCCCUCUAGUGUUUUGGGACGCCGAAAGCUGCUUCCUUGUUGUGAGCCUCAAAUAGGAAUUUUUAAUUGCAAAGUACUUAAUAUUGUCACACGUAUUAUUGCAAAACAGUUCUGAACAGAGAGCCAUGCACGAGGUGGUUCUUAAAGAUUCAAAUGUCAGCAGUUUUCUUAAUUCGAAAAAGGUAAGCAUUUGUUUGGAAGUUCUUGCUGAGUGUUUUGCACCGAGGAUUAAAACACAAGAAUGAGAAAUGGCUUGGUAUUCAAGUUUGUGGGAUAUUUAUCGUAAAUAUAAAAUCUCUUUAGCUGAUUGCAAAAGAAAACAGGUGUAGCCUUUUUUUUCAUCUGUGUUUUUAGCCCAAACUUUGUACAAUGGCCAUAAGAUUUUAUCAAAUGAAUAUUAACUAAAAUACAUAGAAGAAAGGAGAAUGGAUGUACAAUAUACAAUCUCUUAAUCUCACUGUGUUUCAGCAUCUGUAUUUGUAAAAGAGUGGGAUGGAUUGUGUAGAUAUCAUGAUAUUGUUGACAUCUGGAUGCUAGCUGGUUUGGAAUAAUUGGAAACAGAACUGUAUACUGAAGGCAGAACAGUAAAUAGAAUGCUAUAUUAAAGACAGAGUAGUAAUUUGAAAGUAUAUUUAUUGAACAAAAUAAAUUGAAAAAAUACAUUUCAGCAUACUGUGCUUGUAAAACAAAUGUUACCUUAUUAACAGAUUGUAAGGGAGAUAAUGCAGAAUAAACAACACAAUAUAAUUAUGCCUUUCAUACAGGUCCAUCCAUAGCUGAAGUACAAUAUAGGCUGACAUAGUUUGCAAUCCUGUGUGUGCUUACUCCCAAGCAACUCCCAAUGAGUUCCAUGGCACUUCUUUCUGAAUAAACAUGUAUUGGACUGAUGUGGGAUAGUUCCAUUAACUCAAGUGGGACAAAGGCCCAUUCUUCUUGCUCAACCAGCAUAUAUAUAUAUAUAUAUAUAUAUAUAUAUAUAUAUAUGGAGUGUACAGCAUGCUGUUACCUCAGUGCAGCAUCACAAACUCAGAUAUGUGUCAUCUUAAGUUACUACAAUUUCAGGAAUAGCCUGGUAUUGCUGGCAGCUACAUUAAUGCAAGGGUUUAGGAGUGAGGGACCAAUUAACUUAAGGCCAUUUACCUGGUUAGGACCUUACCAAGUUCAAAAUCAGGUUAGCCAAGACAGCAACAAGCUGAACAUAUCAAAGAUUUAUUAUAAGCUGAUUUCUGCUUGCUGAAAUCCAGCCCAGUAGUCUAAAUUGUUGUGAAGUGAAGUGUGCUGUGGUUCACAGAAGGUUGUGUUUGGGUAUCAAAAUUUGCAUUCUGCUCUGGGCAGGUUGGUGUUGCUUAGCUAAAUCUACCUCGCUGGUUAGGUGUAUGCUUUUUUUGCAUAAAUUAGAUGUUGGCCUCAAUCAUAGAUCCUACGUAACUUUUAGAUAUGGGGGAGACAUUUGCAUUUCCCGAAACAGUACAAGACAUGAAAUACAUCUAUCCUUUAAAAUCUUCACACCUACAAACUUUGUGGCACAAUUUUUUCAACCAAAAUGUGCUGUAGAAAAAUGUGUAUGUUAGGUGAAAGUGUCCAUGAAAUGCAUGUUACUGAAAAGUGCAUUAUAUUAGGAAGGGUUGCUUUUAAAAUGUGUGCAUUUUGCAAAAACUGCACACAAAAUAUGUGCAUUAGGAGAAAUGCAUACAAAAACGCUGAUGCUGGGUUUUUUGGUAAAGUACUCAUAAAAAUUCAAAUUGAUACAUAAAUGUAAUUUAAGAUUCAAAAAAUGAGAAGCUAAAACUGAAAUUGGCAGAUUUGUUUAUCCUUGCUUACUACUGCAAGUGUCUUUCCAAGCAAGCAGAUGUUCAGAGCUACCAGCCUUGAGAGAAAUGUUCUAUGUGCAUAUCUGGGAGAUGGAUAUGAUGAAGUCCCUGCCUUUUGAACAACAUACCUAGAAUGCUAUCCACUUGGUGGAUGAGAAUAAAUAGUUGUAUGCUACUUGCGUGGUGGAAAAAAGCUACAGAAAUAAUAUUACCCCAGAUGCAUAGCUAUUGGUGUUUUUAAAUCUGUGAAACCUUCAUGUCUUCAUACUUUUAUUUGGUAAGUCAUUGUGAUUGUAAGUAUUUUAAGCAAAAAAUAAAAUAAAAUAAAGGAACAAAUCUAUACUUUCAAAACAUUAAUUUAUCAAAACAUUAAGAGCAUGACAUUUAUGCUAAAUGCAGUUUUUCAUAUUCUUUAGUAUGUUGUAUAUUUUUUCCAUUUAAAAAUGCAGUUUUCUAAAAGCUCUUUUUCAGUCAGUCACUUUGCAGUCAGUGGAAGAACUGAGCAUUUUGUUUAAGCAUUUCUCCUUUUGAAAUCAAUUGGACUUAAAAGGGUUUUGGUAGGAUCAUGACCUAAAAGUUGCCACAUAUCCUUACUACCGUGACAUGCGUUAAAAUAUAAAUUAUUUGUUCAUUCUAUUAGUUACAUUUCUGUGUUGCAAUUCCAAAGGAGCUCAGGGUAGUGUACAACAUAAUCAGAUAAAGCAGCCAAUUCUCAUGAUAGAUUAAAAAUAUAGAACAAGAAUAAUAAUAACAACAACAAUCACAGUGGCCAAUUUUCAUAAUACAGUAUAAAAAUGCAUCAACUGUUAGACACUAGAUCAUCUCCAUUCCCUAAAUCAGUGAUAGCUAACAUGGUGCUUGCCAGAUGUUGGACUCGAAUUUUGAUAAGCUCCAAGCAACAUGGUCAGUGAUUCGAAACAGCAUCUGGAGGGCUUCACAUUGGCUCUCCUUGCCCUAAAUAUUCAGGUGAUCUAAAGUAUCUUGAGUUGAAACUGGAAUGUUGAUGGUGAGGGGGAAAUGUGUAAUUCUAGGGGAAGGGAAUUCCACAGUUGAGUGCCACAGCAGAGAAGGCCCUGAUCUACCUGACUGUACAAUUGUGUCAUUUUCUUUUUAAAUUACAAAGAUUUUGACUUCAACACUAGCAUCUUAAAGUUGAUCUACACUGUAUGCUUACUGGCUUUUUAACUGUCUGCCUAAAAACGGUAUUUAUGUUUGCUGUAGUUAUAUAAUGUGGCUUUCAAAAUCUGUGUGCGUUGACUUGGAAAAUAUUUGUAGUGUUCCAGAUUUUAUUUAUUUUGCAAUUGAGUAAUCUAUUUCUAUUGCUCAAAGGUGGAUAAUAUGUCAGGCUGGUAAUACAAGUGUUUUUCCAGGGAGAAAGGGAUCAACAAGAAAGAGAUAGUUGUUUCACUGAGGACUGAAAAAUCUUGCAUUUUUUAUGAUAACAUGACGUAUCCACAGUAAAUGUCUGUGGAUUUGAUUCUGUGCAAAUCUGGGGGGGGGGGAGGAUGUGGUCUAAUUUCUAAACUUAUAUUUUUGUUUUUGUUUUUUUAAAAAAAUCUAAAUGCUGAAAUAAAUCAUUUAUUCCUAAUACAGUAGAGAAUUUUUCUGUCACAUUUUAAAACCUAAAUUUACAACAAGACAACAAAUUUAAAGUUGUAUUCUCAGAAGAUUGUAGAACGUAGAGGCACACUCCUAUGGAUAUCUUAUCCUUGUUACAAACAUCCUAUAGCAGCUUCCUUGUUUCAAAAAGAGUUCUUUUGAAGAAUUUUUAACAUUGUCACAAAAUGUAACAGUGCACAGUGGUUCCUACUUUUAAAUUGAUGUAAAAAGUUUCAUUGUGGUUUAAGUCAAGCAACUUUUCUGGCUUGUGUAAAAGCUUUGUUGUAGGUGGUGGUGUUUUAAAAGCAUUGCCUUUUUAGAGUUGUUGCACAUAACACUCUUGAUCCAUUAAGCAUGAAGAAUCAAGUCUGGGCUGCUUAAUUUUAUGCUGUUUAUCUCCAACACAUCUCUUCUCUAAUGUAAAGCCCUACUUCUAUCACAGGAUUCAGUUAUGCUUAAUAUUCUUGCAUAGGCAUCACUAUUUCCCAUGAUUGAGUAUUGAUCAAGGUUCGCAUGGGUUUCAGAUCACAAGUUAAUAUCAAUCUUUGGUUAACAACAAUUAUGAUUACAAUCAGUGCUGUUAUAAUGGCUACCUAUGGUUAAGAAUGGUUCUGACAUAAGUCUGAAACGUGAUUAACACUGGUGGGAGGAAGAACCAUAGGUUUACAUGGAAUAUCACAGGAUUGUGGUGGCCGUUUCUACCAAGCAAAUGUUUUCAUGCCUUUGGGGCCUCAUGGGAGUUGUUGCCCAAUGACAUCUAGAGAUCCACAGUUCCUGUCCUUGAUUUAUAGGUGAUACCUUUCUAUAGAAGCCUUUAAGGAAGGAACUAUAGUAAGAGAUAAAUAAUUUCUUAAUUGUAGUUGUAUGCAAUGGUCUCCAGAAAUAAUAGCAAACCCCUCACUUUGUGUGCUGAUUAUUCCCUUCUGGUUUUUUAUAUACUAUAGGCAUCCAAAUUCCAAUUUUCUAUCUUACUUAGAUGCAUAAAUUCCACUGCAUCUGUGUUUUACCUUUUGAUGGUUUAGUUCACUUUCAGUUUGCUGUUAAUUGGAUCAUUUUAAUGUAUGAGUGAAAAUUUAUUUAACUCUCUCUUUUCCUCCCUUCUAGUAUAUAUUUCCUGUGAAUUGUGCUGAAGAUAGAUAUACACGCUGCAAUGGUGACAUAAACUACUAAACUGGACUGGAAUAAAAUUUGAAAAUCUCUUUAAUCUCAAUGCUGCUGCUAUUGGAAACCAUCUAAGGCAUGACUUACAAAAUGACUUAUAUUGUGAAACUUCAUAGACAUUUCCAACGAACAGUUAUACUGCUGGCCACUUUUUGUAUGGUGAGCAUUGUUAUUUCAGCAUAUUAUUUGUACAAUGGCUACAAACAGGAAAAUGAACUUUCUGAGAUCUCUUCAGAGGUGGAAUGUGGAGACCUUCCAGUACUGUUGCCAUACAAGUUAGCACCGUGGAAGAUGGUUAAGCCCAUUGAUCCCUUAAGGACUGAUCCUGUGGUACUAGUUUUUGUGGAAAGCCAGUACUCUGCACUUGGCCAAGACAUAAUAAUGAUUUUAGAAUCCAGCAGGUUCCAAUAUCAUAUUGAGAUUGCUUCUGGGAAAGGUGAUCUUCCUGUGCUUAUAGAUAAAAACAAAGGCAAAUACAUUCUCAUAAUAUUUGAGAAUAUCUUUAAGUAUGUGAAUAUGGAUUCCUGGAAUCGAGGCCUUCUAGAUAAAUUCUGUGGAGAAUAUGGUGUUGGAAUGAUCGGAUUCCAUAAGAGCAGUGAGAACUCUCUACAAACUUCUCAGUUAAAAGGUUUUCCUUUUCACAUUCAUGGUAAUGUGGGUGUUAAGGACUGUUGCAUCAACCCUUAUUCUUCUCUGCUCCAUAUGACUAAAUCAUCUAAGUUUGAUAAAGGUCCUUUGCCAGGAAAUGACUGGACAGUUUUCCACAUAAAUCAUUCAGCCUACCAACCUGUUAUAUUUGCAAAAGUAAAAACACCUGAAAACCUCCCACCUCCUGUAAUUAAAAGUUCUUUCCAUGCAACUGUUGUUCAUGACUUGGGUCUUCAUGAUGGGAUUCAACGUGUUCUUUUUGGCAACAAUUUGAACUUUUGGCUGCACAAGCUCAUCUUUAUAGAUGCUAUUUCAUUCUUGACUGGCAAGAGGCUUAUGUUGUCCUUGGAUAGAUACAUUCUUGUUGACAUCGAUGACAUCUUUGUUGGAAAGGAAGGAACAAGGAUGAAGGCCAAUGAUGUUCAGGUAAAGUGUGCAAAAACGGGGCCUUCUAUGCUACAGUGAUAUUACUCAAACUUUGGCUGCAAAGUGAGAUUUUUAAAUUGAACUAAUUUUAUUUUGGAGUGCUCUCUCUCUCUCUCUCUCUUUUAGCUUUAUCUUCCUUGUACCACAUGUAUGCAAUCAAGCAGGAUGGCUGUCUUAGACAGCCCAAUCUAGAAACCAGGUGAAAUGCUUAUUUACAAGAUGGGUUUCAUUCCACUGAACUAAAAUGACUUAAAUCAAGCACUUCGACUUUUGGGUGGAUUGGACUAUUACUAGCAUCCGAUUCAAUUUAAUAGUUAAUAAAGGGUCUUUGAGACUGACUAAUCUUGCUGUUUAUUUGUUUUGAUAACUUGCAUUGGCCAUAGUUUCUUUUGACAAGAUGUUAGCAAUCUUGAAUUUGUUUAUUUAUUGCUGUUGUUGUGGACAAUUAAUGCAAGUGAUAUGACUGAAAAGAAGAAUCUCAGGUUCUGAGAGCUUAAGCAGAGCUGUGAAUCUGCAUUGUUUUGUAUUUUGCAUGUUGCAUUGCUCAUGAAAAUAGACUGUGUAAGCAGUAUUUUAGCUCAGGUUGGUUGCCAGAGUAUCAUUUGAUGAAGUGAGCCUGAAAGUGUCUGCAAUGCAACCCAGUGCCAUGUCUAUGAAGAAAGUUGUCUCAUUGAUUGGCAUGAGGCUUGCUUCCAUGUAAGUUUGGGUAAAACUCAAGCUUAGUUACUGAUUUCAACCAUAAGAUAGCCUGGGGCAAAAUAUUCCUGAGCUCUUCUCUUUGCCCUGCUCAUUAUUUCAAAGAAAGGUGUGGUUUGCAGUCAAGGAGUCCCUACUGAGGAAAGUUUGUUAAACUAUUACCAGAUAACCCACACAUCAUGCUGUUAUAUAGGUGCAAUUUUGCCUUUUUAUCUUGACCAUUUCCCAUUCUCUUUAAAAUGCUCUGCAGUAAUACUUACUGCAGCACUGGUUUUUAUUUGCAGCAAAGGUAAAAUGCAGUGCAGUUUCCACAUUUUUGAAGAACGGAGACAAAUUAUUUAGUGACAAACUCAUUGUUUUUUAACUGAACACUUAUACAGUGGUACCUCGGGUUACAUACGCUUCAGGUUACAGACUCUGCUAACCCAGAAAUAGUGCAGGUUAAGAACUUUGCUUAAGGAUGAGAACAGAAAUUGUGGUUCGGCGGCGCGGCAGCAGCAGGAGGCCCCAUUGUGGUGCUUCAGGUUAAGAACAGUUUCACGUUAAGAACGGACCUCCGGAACAAAUUAAGUACUUAAUCCGAGGUACCACUGUAACAGAAAUGCUGCUAAAACAUGCUCAGAAAGGAGUUGAUUUUCCCCAUACGUUUACAUGUCAACUCUUUGUUUAUAUAGGAGGAAAUAAAUGGAUGCCCUUAUGGUUACAGCAGCCACAGAGCAUUAAGCUUCUGAGAAUCAGGCCUCCUUGUGUCUCAGUAAUCACAUCCUGAGUUCUGUUUCCAUGACUAUAUUCUCCAGGAGCAAUGUUGCUUCUCUCCUUCAGUUAUGCCAUCUACUUUCUUUGUGUACAGAACUUAAUGUUUUGAAGACAGCAAAACUCUGCAUAGGGCAGUUUGACCCCAAAGAGAUCUGUGGACAGAACCAGCUCUUGCAAAAUAAACAAACAGAACAUGUGCAUUAUGUACUCUUCUUUUAAUGAGUUACUAGCUACAGAACAUAAUGACCCAUGUCCUAGAUGGAUGCCAGUAAGCCCUUUUCAGUGCCAGGUGGGAGUUUGCAGCCAUUCUACAGGAAAAUUCACCAUAAUAUCUUAUUGGGAUAUAUUGGAAUCCAAUCAUAUUUAGUGGUAUCUCUGCCCCUGAAUUAUUCCCAAUAAUGCAAACUAUCCAGUCUCUGGGAACAUCUUUGUUAGUGAGUUAAUCAUUAUGUAGUUAUAAGUUCUAUGCUUGAUAAAAGGAUUACCUAGACCAAAUAUAAGUUGUAUCAUCCUCUGAAGACUCUAUUAGAAUAAAAAAAUACCUCAGUCCCUGGCUAGAAAGGGGGAGACUUCUGGAUAAUGUACCAGCUACAUCCAGCAUGGAAUCUCACUGUAAACACCUUCAGCAAAUUCAUUUGGAAACCUAGCCAGAUGGGCGGGGUAUAAAUAAUAAAUUAUUAUUAUUAUUAUUAUGAUUAUGAUUAUGUAAUUGGUUUAGUAAUGCAAAUUGUGUUCAUGUAGAUUAAUUACUGCAAUCCUAAAUAUACACACAAAUAAUAAUAAUAAUAAUAAUAAUAAUAAUAAUAAUAAUAAUAAUAUGAAAUGUCUUCUAUAUAUUGAUAUCAUAGGAUUUUAUGGAGUUUAAUUUCUGUAUGUCUUACGUUGUAUUCCAAAUGAAGUAUUCAUUUGUGUGCAGAGGUGUAACCUUUGAAGAAAGCUAUUUUUCUACUCUUCAGCUUUUUCCUCUUCCUUAUUAAGAGAAGUUGGGUGGUAAAACAGAUGGCCAGAGAAUACCCUGUAAAACCCAAACAACAUGGUCCAAGAAUCUAUCAGCAAUUUAUUACUUUGGCUUUGUGUGCUCAGAAUACCAGAAAGUGCAUUAAAUAGUUGAGAAUGUAAGAUACAAAGGAGAAAGUGUGUGAGAGAGCAACAUUUUAACUCUGGAUACCCUUUUGGUUAGUAAUCGCAGACUCAAUUGAACGGACAUUAAAUUUACUGUAAAACAACAAUUAAAUACAUUGCUUUGUAAAAUACCAUUUUGAAUUAGCAAUUCAAAUGUUAGGGGUAUUUAAGCAGUUUGAUAGACACAUAUAAGAAAAACAACAAAUGGUCAAAGCUGUAUAUUAUGUAGCUGUAACUUUCAUUUCUUAAACACAGUUAAAGAUGUAUGCUCUUAAUCCAUUCUAUUUAAUGCCAAUGGCAAAUCUUUCAUUUUCUGCAAAUCCUGGGUAUGAAAGUCCAAAACAUUUGAAAACCUGUUGCUUUCACAUGGUGGUAUAGCAUGAUGUAUGGGAAUUGCCCUAGUGUGUAAACAUUUGUUUAUGAUAUGAAUAAUUCAAUAAAGUGAUAAACUUUAAAAGUAGUAGUAGGCACAGGAAAAGCAACUUCUCUCUUCAGUUGCUUGGGGAAAAUUUAAAGGUGUGCAACAGCAUAUUCUCUUUAAAGAAAACUUAUUAUCACUGUCUUUUUAUUUAUUUAUUUUAAAAGCCUUAAAUUCCAGGAUGGAGAUGAAUUCUAAAACUGCAAUAGAAACAGCUCUUUAAAUAGCUGUUAUGUUGCACAGAAUCUGGAGAAAAUAUCUCAUUAAACUGUAAUCUAUUCAAAGUUAAUGCAUUCCAUUAAAGAUGUUGUUAGCAGUGUCAGAUGCAAUGCAUCUUCAUUACUAUUGAUAUGGAAGGAGUUGUCCUCAGCAGCACAAUGACACAAUGAGCGAAUGAGGUAAAGAUAAUGUAAAUCAGUUGAAAAUCUGUUAUCGAAAGGCAUAUUUUUGUGUGAAUACUAUCAUAUUGGAUUGUGCUAUUCUACUCAACGCAUCGCAUGUCUCAACUGAAAAUAAGGUGCUGAACAAGGAGGUUGCACAUGUUCCGCACCUGUGCGCUGCUCAUUUCAGGCUGGCAAAUUAAUGCAGGUGCAUCUUAGAAGGUGGAAGGGAAAAGGGGUAAUAGAGGAGGGCAGAUUUAUCCAAUGAGCUUUCUAUGUUGAGAUUCAACAGCAACAGACCCGUGUACCAAGGCCACACUAAUUCUUGGCACAGUUCCCAUAUAAACAUGCAUGCACCUCUAGUUGUUUCCAGUCAGAGAUUACUCAAUAUAUUAAAACUAUAAAUAAUUGAAAAAAUAGCUGCCAUUUAAUGCACCCCAAAAUCUUCUGCCUCGUGUGGAUUUCAUCAACUAAUGAUAUUUUAUUUAGCUAAAAGCAUUUCUAGAUAGCGUUUCAUUUUUGAAAAAAAAUUUCUAAAGUGGUUUGCUACAAUAAUCUAAUGCAGUCACAAUAAAACAUAUCAGUAUAGUAUUGAACUAAAGUAAAAAAAAAAACAAAAAAACCUAGCAUCAACAGUCGGGUGCUGCCUGGACCUGGGCACAAAUACACAAUGGAUGAAUGCAAUGGAAGCACACUGCUGUUGGUGCCAGCCGCAUUCAGGGUAUGGGAAGAUAGUUUCAUAAGGUAGAUACCACUAUGGAGGAUGUUUGCCUCCACAUUAAUGCAAGCUGAGAGUUCUUCACAUCAUAGCACAGCACAGGGGCAUUGUAUGAAUAUUGUAGGGAGCUAGCAGUCAGGGUGGGAGGGGAGGUGUUACAUUCUGGUGACUUGGGACUCCGCUACAUUAGUCAAGAAAGUGUUUUGAAUGCUUUAUAAACAUGCAACACUAGAUGGUGGUGUAGAGCACAAAACUGUUCUAUGCAAUUUUACAUAGGGGUUUUUUUCCCUUUAAAUUUCUUUAACUUAUGACUUAUUUAUAGCUUUUCCCCCCCAGUGUGUAGAUCCACCUUUGGUCCAAGGUGUUUCCAGUACCACUCACGAGCUUAACUUGCUGCUGAAAAAGAAGAAGCCAGUGCCAAAAGAGCAUAUGCAGGGAUGGGGGAUACAACCCGCCCUGUGAUCCUCGGGUGAAGGGCGGUAUAGAAAUGUAAUAAAUAAUAAUAAUAAAUACAUCUGAUGGGGGGGGGUGUCAUCCUGACGAAUGAGUAUAGUGAGAGUGUAGUAGGAGCUUUCGUAACAGCGAACUUAAGAACACAGGCAAGGGGUGAAAUGGCAGAGUAGGGUAUUUUACCAAUGAGCAUUGGUUGUAAUAGGCAACAGUGGUAGAUGCCAAAAGCUUACUGAAUGCAUCACUGAUGGAGUAGUAUGUAAGGUACAGACACGGCUGGAGAAUCGUCCGGGUAGUUUUCUCAGAAUUUUCACACUGGAAACUGAUUUGCAGAACAAUAUGAUAUAUAUUUCCUUUUGUUCAUGGCUUUCAAAUUAGGGAGCUUGGAUGGAUAAUAUAAUUCCAGUUCUUAAAGCUGUCAAAGUAAAUAGUGUUGUUGUUUUUUUAAAUAAAGAAAAAUAAAUAAGUGAAUUUCACUUAGUGACCUUAGGCACUAGUGACAGAUUUGAUGGCAUGAAGCACACAUCUGAAAUAUCAGAACUAAAAAUCUUAUUUGUAUUAGCCAUGGGCCAUAACAAAAUUACAGAAAAAAUGUAACCAUGAAUAAAAUGGAAAGCAUGCAGCAUCAAGAAAAGAGCAAACACAUACUUUCAGAAUCAAAGUUAAGUAUUUUCACCAUUUUUCACCUAAAGCAUCAUUUCAAAGUGAAUUUGGAGAUUUCUGCUUGCUUAAAACUCAUAGCAGAUUUGAACAAAAUGCAGUUCAAUAAGGCUUGCAAAAUUACUCCCAGGGGUGGGAGUUGGUAGCAUCCACAUGUUUCCUAAAACUAGUAAUUUAUUCUGAAAUUUACAGAUAGAAAAACCAUACAUGAAACAUAAUACAUUGAAAAUGUGCUUUGUCCUGUUUUGCCAAAGUCUAUGAAAUGGCUUAUUUUAGCUGUGACAAUCUGAAGUGCUCUGGUGCUUAAAUAUCAUAUUGCAGCAUAGAACCAAAGUAAGAAUGUCUAGUCUUUAUAAGACAGAUUAUCAAAAGUUCUUAUAUAUAUAUAACAUACAUAUACAUCACUUAAUUCCAAAGUUGGUUUCUAAGUGGCUUGCAAGUAUAAAAACCAAUUACAUAAGCUUUAAAAUUUUAAAAAUCUACACUUAGAAUGUCCCAUUCUAGUCCAGCCACCUAGUUUAACCUCUGCCCUAAUAGUUGAUGUUUUCAUUGUAGUAGUAUUGUACAGGUUGCCUGAAUUGGAAAAUCAGUAUAUAAAUGUUUGGAAUGUUUGUUUGGAAACAGUAAAGCAGUCCCAUUAAAAGAUUAAAAUGUAAAAGUAAAUAACUAAAAUAUGCAAUAAAACAAUUCUGCUUAAAAAUAACAUGGUAAUUAAAACAGGAUAUUUGAGUUGAUAGAUCAAGGAAAUGCCUUGUGUCAUGCCUAAUGAGUAAAAAAAAAGGAAUCAGAUGUGAAAAGAAUGGAUGGUUUUCUGUCUUUAAUCUCUGUGAAUACAACAUGCAACUUAACAUGAGGUGGAAUAUUCUUCAUGUACUGCAAGAAGCACUCAUAACUCUUACUUGAGCCCUAAGGGGCAUAAUUAAAGUCAUUAAGGAGUUCACUUUUUGCAGCUUCAUGCUUUAAUUCUGAAAUUUGUCUACAUACAGCAAUUCUAAGAUAAGAGGUGGAGCAUUCAACGAAAUUGCUAUGCUACCCUACUGCCUUCAUUAUACGUUUUUAAUGUCUGAGAUGUAUUGCAUAGUGACAACCACUGGGCAAGACAAACUAUGGAAGGUCAUUUGCUGGCAUGCAAUUGUGUACAUCAGGGGAUAGAAGUUGUAGUGCAGCAACAUCUGGAGGGCCAUUGAUUCUACACUGCAGUAUAUGUGGACACUCAUGUGAAUGAGCAUAGUAGCUCUAGUAAUUGUGUUGCCAGGGCAAACAAAGACAAGGAGUAGGUAUCAUUUUAGUUCACAUCCUUCCUUAUUCUAAUAUGAAGUUGCAGUUCCUUUUUGCUGACUUUUUGGGCACAUGGUUUUCGGUGAUAAACACGUAGCAGUAAGAGACCCCAGCAGAAAAUAACUGCCUAUGCAGUUCUAAUACAAUUUAAAUCAUGUUCAAUUCAGUGCACAUGGUUCAUUGGAAACUUACUUUCAUGUUCAUAUAUAUUUAUUAGAUUUCCAUCAGAUUAUGGGAGCAUGUCUUUCUUUUUUAAAAGAAUAUAUCUAUCUUUGCUUGCAGUGUUUUGUAAUCACAAAGUUGUUCCAUUGUAGACUUUUUAAACAAAUUUCAAUGAAAUGUCUAUUUAACCAUGGCUUAGCAGGAACUUGUAGGCUCCUGUAGAGGCCGUGUGACUGCUUUUGCUCCUCCCUAGUCAUUUUCCUGUCAUGCCAAACUAACCAUGAACUGUAACCACAGGACAAACCUUUAUGGCCUAAACAUUGUGGUGUGGAUGACACACUAACCCAAAUCAUGGGUGAGCUCAGUAAGGUGCAACAGCAAAAUGAUUGGUGAGCAAAAUGAAGUGGCUUCAGUCUCCUUUCCCAGAGCCUCCACACUCAUAUGUUUGUGCUAUACCAUCUUAGUGUGACAUGCUAAUAAUUAGACCAUUCUAACUAUGGACUUUCUGAUUCAUAGCUCAGUCUCUUAACUAUCAGAAUAUAUUUUGCUUCUCCUCUUCCCAUUUCCUCUCUCUCUCUCUAUAUAUAUAUAUUUGUGGUGCUGCUACAAAAUAGUUUUUUCUAGGUUUCUAAAGAUUAGGCAAUCUGUGCAUUGAUUUUUUUCUCCAGCUCUAUUUGCUGUUGAUGGGUUUGGACCAGAGAACUGGCCAGAAAACUGAGUGGUCCUGUAAUUUCUAGAGUUCUAAAUCACACACCUAAUUCCAAAACACUGCACGAAACCUCACUUGGCAAGCUGUUACUCAAACUAAAAUGCAGGAGUAGUGCAAACAAUUCAUCUCAUGUUCCUCACUCAAAAUGUGUCCAGCAUAGUGAUGGGUGGCACUCCUUCAAGACUAGACACCUUGUUUCUAAAAGUUGGGAAAUAUAAUGAUUUCUGAGCCUGAUAUCAAAUCCAGCAACCUUGUCAGACACCAUCCUUUCUCCCUAAAUUAAAUGCCGAUGGGGUGGCAAGAUUCCUCUGGGGGUUAUUUCUGUGAUACCUCCCUGCCUGCAUCCUAGAAUGCUGCAUUUCUACAAAUGAGUCCUAAAUUGGCUGUUUUGCAGUGCAAUCCUGUACAUGUUUGCUCAGAAGUCCUAUUAUAUCCUAUGGGACACUCCCAGGUAAGUGUGUAUAAAUUUGCAACCAUAAUCAGCAUUCUAGACUCUUCCAUAUUACAUACAACCCCAAAAGAAUGGGAAGCUUUAAGAGAACAUUCCUAGUUGGGUCAGUAACAAAUAUGCUUUUUGGAUAAUGGUGAAGACUCGGUUUUAGCCAAGUGACCUGCUGGGUUUUAAUGCUUCAUUUAUUUGCUUCUACAACUUGGUUUUCAGUCUAGCUAUUGACUGUAAUAGUUCAGGAAUGGAGUGAAGGAAACUGGAAAUCUUUCAUGUUUGCCUAGUAAAUGUGUGCAUAUGUCUUUUGUCAAAUGCAGAAAGUGCUCCUAAGGUGGUUCCAGGCUGUCUCUAAUUUCUGGUGGGAUUCAAUCACAUACCAGCAAUUUCAGGUUGUGCAAUUAUAGUUGAUUAGGAGGUCUUGAGCAACAAACCCAGUCGCGUCAAAAUGAGACUUUUGUGUUAAGAAUGUGAUUGGAGAAUGCUUUGGAAAGUGUGCGGUAACUCUUGCUUUGACACAACAAUGUCUAACCUCCUUGCAAUUGAGCAAUCAGAAUGAAUGCUCAAUAACCAGGACAUCUAGAAGUGCCCUUAGCUGGUAUCGUCUGAGGAUUGUUAAAUGGUAGGGCUGGUCUCCUGGGAAUUAAAAUGAAAGAUGAAUAUAAUGGAGCUGUAAAAAACCAACUUUGGCUUUCUUUUCGCUAUCUACAAAGAUCAAAAAGAACAAUGUGAAAGUUAAUGUGGCUGAUUUGGCCACCUUUUCCAAAUAGAUUAGUAGAAAAUGUUAUUCCACCUCUAUAUGUCACCUGUAAAAAUUAAAUCACUUUUCCAACAAAAGCUUUUAAUGCCGGGAUCACCAGUUGCCCUCCCUCGAAUAAAAAAAGCUGAGCAGAGCACCGAUUGUCCUACGUGUUAGAAGGGCUACAGUCUUGAAGUGGGCAAGCCAGCUAGAUGUAGCUUGGAACGUGAUACCAAGAUAUUUAAAAAAAAGACACUGUUCAAUUUUGUGUUCAUCUAAAGACCAUCUAAAUGUGUGGCGAGCUCUAGUAAAUACCACAAUUUUUGUUUUGUCAUAAUUUAUCUUUAGAGAGUUUUGGGAACAAUAAGCUGCGAGCCCCUCCAGCAUGCUAUGUAGGCCCCUUCGAGUAAGUGCCAUGACAGCCAUGUCAUCAGCAUAUAGUAAUAUGUUCAGGUGUUUGCCUUCCAGGGCAGGAGCUGAUGACUUAUACUUUGCCAUAUGUUGAACAAUGUCAUUUAUAUAGAAAUUAAAGAGAACGGCGCUAACAAACAGCCCUGUUUAACCCCUUUCCCCAGUGGCAGUGGGUCAGUAUGGUUGCCUGACAUCCCAGUUCUGAUUUAACUGGGUGUCUCGAUGUAACUCUAAGUAUUUGAGAAGUCGUCUAUCAAUAUCUGUUUCAUAUAAUUUUUGCCAUAGUUUGUCCCUACGAUUGAAUCAAAGCGGAUGUGAAUAUCUGGCUCCACAAAAGUUUGCUCUUAUGUACUUUUGUAUACUUAUCUAUCAUUGUCUGUAGUACACAUGGCCUGUUGCACUAUGGCCUUUCUAAACCCUGCCUGUUCCGGAUUAAGCAGGUUGAUGGUCAGCCCAGUCCAGCCAUUUACUUAGGUAGCAGUGUAGAGUUUAUGCAAUGUCAGGAGACAUGGGCGAUGGUCAGAGGGAUCUUGGUCUCCCUUCUUAUAGAUGGGGCUGCAGGCUCAGUUCCAGUUUUCUGGGAUUUUGCAUAUAUCAUUUAUUACGUAAGGGCUAGGGUAGCAGCCCACCACUGGGCAUUUAGUUUAAACACCUCAGGAGGGAUCAUAUCCUCACCGGGAGCUUUGCCAUUCUUGAGUGUUUUAAUUAGCUGUAAACAUUCUGAUUCGGUAACAGGAUCCCAGCCCAUUAAUAGAUCGUUUUUAAGAGGAGGAAAAAAAAUUAAUUAACCCUAUGUGACUGAUUCUUGAAGAUCACGGUUAAAAAAUCAAUUCAAAAUAAAGGGGGGGGAAAUAGGGUUGCCACCUUGUGCCCAAGCCCUUGGAGGGUUUCAAAUAAAAUGUCUAUUGCUGAACACUUCAAAAGGAUUGUUCCUGCUGCUACUACUUUGUUUUGUUUUUCUCUUUCCCACCAUCUUUGUUUUCUUCUCUUUCUUUGGAGAUAAAAGAAUUGCCUCCAACUUGAAACCAAAUGUAUAGCACAAAACAGCAUUUGUAUACGAGCCCCCUUUCCAUAUAAUGUUCUCAAAAAAGGUUCAGGAGUUUCAAUAUCAAGGGCUGAUCUAAAGAUGGUGACAGCCCCACACUGGCCUCUGAAAAUGUAUACCUACCCUCAAACAUGGUUGCGUAUAUUGCAUAAAAGACCUAUAUACUGUCCUAUAAAUGUUAUUCUUGUACAUAGACUGCUGCUGUGCACAUACAAUGGGCCAACCCAUACCUGCUGAUCAUUUGGAGCAGGUCAGAUGUUAAAUAAUGGUCAGGUGUAGAAAGGCAUGCAGCUAUCAGAAUUCUAACGCAGGUAUGCUAUAGAACAGUAGCUGAACUUCAGAGGUCGUGGUUGUGCAAAACGACAUAGAUUUUAGCUAAGGCUUCCAUAUAGCUCUUUUUUUGUCGUUAUUGGGAUUAAGAUCACAGCUUUCAGUUUAGCAGGAAGGUUCAAUCCCUGACACUUCCAGUUAAGAGAAUCUUGAAUAACAGGUCUGGGGGGGUUUUUUUGGGGGGGGGGGGACCUUUCUGAGUUGUUGGAGAGUUUCUGUCAAUCAAACUAUACACUGCUAGACUGGAUAGAUUGAUAGCCUGAGGUGUGAGGUAGCAUGAUAUGACUUUUUGAGGUGCUGACUCGUGAGACACUAACAUUGCAGUGUAGCAAUUCAGUCUUCGUUUGGUUUUAGUCACUGCAGCUGACCAAGGUAUUAUCCGUAUUUUCCUGCAGAAUAUUCUCCCUAUCACAUUUUUCUUUUCUUUUUGCAAGCCUUGCAUAGAGCUAAAACCAUAUGAAGAUGCCUUUUAAGGAGUUAGGCCAGUGUUGUCUCCUCUGACUGACAGAAGCAGUCCUUUUUUUCCUUUUCUUUUUUACUAUUAUUAACUGUUUUAAAUAAUUCCAAUUUAUAACAAAAAAAAAUUUCCAUUUUCCCUUGCCUAUCUCCUGUGUCCAUUUACAAAGCUGGUGUAAGUUACAGAGUAGCUUCAUUUAUAUCUAAUGUACAUGUGAAACAUCAUGUUUUGGUGUAUUAAUAUGUCCUGUUUCUAAUAAGGAAACAAAACAAAAAUAAGCAAAUAGCAACUUUCCUACCUCCACAUUCUAUUUUAAAGUCUGCACAAAACUUAUUUCUUAUCAUUUAUUUUAUCUAGAGCAUGUACAGUUCUAAAAAUGGCUACAAAUGUAUUGAAAUUUAUAUGGAAUUUGGAAUGCAUUACUUGUUUGUGAGUAGCAAGUUUCUUAAAAAGGUAAAGGGACCCAUGACCAUUAGGUCCAGUCGUGACCGACUCUGGGGUUGCGGCGCUCAUCUCGCUUUACUGGCCGAGGGAGCCGGCGUACAGCUUCAGGGUCAUGUGGCCAGCAUGACUAAGCCGCUUCUGGCGAACCAGAGCAGCGCAUGGAAACACCGUUUACCUUCCCGCCGGAGCGGUACCUAUUUAUCUACUUGCACUUUGACGUGCUUUCGAACUGCUAGGUUGGCAGGAGCAGGGACCAAGCAACGGGAGCUCACCCUGUUGCAGGGAUUCAAACCACCGACCUUCUGAUCGGCAAGUCCUAGGAUCUGUGGUUUAACCCACAGUUCCACCCACGUCCCUAGCAAGCUUCUUAGGAUAACAAAAUAGGAGAUAAAUACUUUUUUUUAAAAAAAUCGUCCAUUAGCAUUUUAGAGACCAACUAAGUUGGUUCUGGGUAUAAGCGUUCAUGUCCAUACACACGAAAGCUUAUACCCAGAACCAAUUUAGUUGGUCUCUAAGGUGCUACUGGACAAUUUUUUUAUUUUUAUUUAUUUUUACUGUGUCAGACCAACAUGGCUACCUACCUGAAUCUAAAAUAGGAGAUGUGAGAGAUUGAACCUGGGAUUUUUUCCAUGCAAAAUAUGCACUCUACUACUGAGCUAGAGUCAUUCUUCAGAAUUUCAUUGAUAAGUACUGAUAGUUGUCUUUUCAUAUUUUUUCAUCAGAACUUCACAUAAAUUGGCUGUACUCAUUUGUAACAGUGAGCAAAGAAACUUGGCUUAAUAAACCAGACUAUGCACAAGGUGCAUGUUGAUACAGACAGCCCAAUAGCUCCCACUUUGUCAGUGGUGAUGGGUGGGAAUUUUCCUAAGAGAGUCUUGCUACCUGGUGAUUUAAUAUUGGAGGCAAAGCUCAUACCCGGGUCCUUCCUAUUUCUUAGCUUGCCCAUCCUUCACACUAGCCAUUAUGUGACAUCAGCUCACAGGAAAGCACUUUAUAAUGAACCACUUGUGAAGAUUUAUCACUGCUGCUGCUUGUCCGUGUUGGAAAAAUGAAACUGAUAUGGCCCUACUCUUUGGUUACCUCUUUCCCACACUAUGGAGAGUGGGUUUGCAUGGUUUUCAGGGUUAUGUAGCCCAAUACAGUACUGUGCAUUACAGGGUCUAUGUGUGUGUGAGUGUGGGUGUGUUUGUUUGAUAUAAGAAAGUAACAAGGAAUGCUAGUUCCUAUAUUAUUUGUGGGAAAGGAAAACCAAGACCAAAAACUUUUUUAUUAGAGUGUAGCCAGGUUUUCAAUUAUGCAGUGUGUGGUGAUAUUCUUUUUAAGCUGUCUAAAUUAUACAUUGUUGCACCUGAGAAUAUAAACCUGAGUUUCUCAAGUAGCAAGUGAUGGGCUUUUUCCUGCUGUAGCCGCUGUUGUUUGUUUUUCUAAUGAUAUCUCUGUGCUAUAAAAAGCAAUUGAAAUUUUGACUGCUUGAAAUGUUUUAUGGUUUGGACAGCAGGUCAUAAAAUAUCAGUUCUGAGACUCUAGUUUUCUCUGCAACAUCCUUUGGAAAUAAUGCAAACAAAAAUCUGUAAGCCAUGCUAUAGUAUUUUAAGUUCUGUGCUGGUGUGUUGAUUUACCAUGCUUUAAACUUUGAGUGAUUGGAUUCAAAGAAUCAUAGAAUUGUAGAUUUGGAGGGGGCUCUAGCCCAACCCCCUACAAUGCAGGAAUAUGCAGCUGGCUCAUACAGGGAUUGAACCCACAACCUUGACAUUAUCAGCACCCUCUAAGCAACUGAGCCAGCACAUCAAAGCCCUUAAUGUUUGUGGAAUAGUUGUGUUCAAGUUUCUUUGCUCACAAGGGCCAAGCUUGGUGCCAGAGCUAGGAAAUUUAGCCAGCUGGCAAAGGUCUUCAGUUUCUGAUGAAACCAUUACCUUGUCGGAAUGGGCCCUGAAAAUCAGAUAAAAAAAUUAAGGCAAGUGGAAGGAAAUCCAGAUGAAAGACAGAAACAUAAGGAAGAGCUAAGGCAGGUUCAAUCUGGAUCUCUAACAACAGUGACAUCUUCUGGUGUAGCCUCUGCAUUAAGCAGUCUACAGUUAGACCAACAGAACAGUGUUCCAUACCUGGUCUGCUGGUUAAUGAUGCAGAGUGUAGGAGGCCCUUUUCUUAAAGCCUGUUAAUAAAUGGCUCUAAGCAGAGCCUUUUGGGUUGUUUUUUUAAAUGAGGUGCUGGUUCUCAUAUCUUGAUAGAAGUGUCAUGGGUGCCAGUACAUAAUGGCUGUCAUGGCUGACAAUACUCAGUUCCAUUGAGUACUUUCAAAUAAAAAGCUCUGGUCCUAGGCAUGUACUAGUUGUCAGUCAAAACAAUAUUUGCAGCUUUGUAUUUGUCACUGAGGUCCCAUGGGUACUAAUUAUAUCAGCAUCCACUGAGACCAUUAACAUUAGAAGUACUGUACCCAUGUAAUGUAGAACUUCAAACAUUGAGGAGAUAGCAGCCAUGUCACAAAGGUAACAUUUGAAUGAAAUCUCUAACAUGAUCAUACCUAACUAUUUUAAAAAAUCAGCCUUGGUAGUUAUUUAAUGCCAAAGCCCUACCUCCUUUUAGUAGCCUAGUUCCUAGGGAAAUUUAAAGUUACCAGUUUGGAUUUAGACUUAGCCAUGGUUAGAGUAGGCGCAUUAAAAUCAUUGGGAUUUAAGUUAGUCAUUACUAACUUAACUCCCAUUGAUUUCAGUGGAUAUACUGCUCUUAAUGUGUCUGGAACCAGCCAACAUCCUCAUACGUAUUCCAUGUGGGGAGGGGAGGAAUAGGCAGAGAUAAAUGGCUUAGGUUGGCUGUCAAGAAUGCAACCAUGGUAGUGAUAGCAUCAUAUGACAAGCUAUGUGUCCGUAAUGAUGUGCAAUUGAAACAAAUGUUAACUUCAUGAACAUAGGUGAAGUAAAAAUGGUUAAAAUUUGCCCAAAUCCUGUGACAUUAAAACAAAUUAUUUCCCAUAUAAAACUCUGCUAUUGUGCUUGUAUUAUGAGCUGCCACCCCAUGUGGAUUGCUCUAUGUGUGAACCAGGUCUUAGAAGUGAUCCAUUUAAAGUGGUAGGUGCAAAUGAGCCUAGUGUCUUAGGCUACUUAUGCUGGCAAACAGCUGUUAAAACAUUUGUAACAGUUUAUCUGGAAGCAGUUAAUCCAUUGUUGGAAAAUAAAAAGUCAUUUAAAAAGCAGUUAAAAUGCAUAUAAAAGCUAGUUCUAAAGAGCUUUAACAAGCAUUUAAAAAUGAAAAUGAAGUCUGCAACACUAAACGUGCUUGCAUGUAGUGCCUACUGAAAUCAUUUUACUUGCUUUUAAGUAAACAGGGAUAUGAUUGUGUUGCAGCAGAUGGCUUUAAAAUGGACAGUUUCCAGUAAGUAUCUAAAUUAAAUACAGAUUAAGAGAAUUAAUAGAGGAAAAAUAUAAUCACUGUUUGUACAGUUUUGUCUGACAAUGAAAACACUCCUGUAACCUGUUUCGUAUCUCUCUGGGAAGCCAUAAAGGAAUUUUUAAAGUGAGUAAAUGUUUAAUUAGGAGCUGUUAGGAACAUUAGGUACAGUAGUUUGAAAUAUUUCCACAAACCAUUUCUUAAGAAGAUAGCACACUCAGGAUUUUGUUGUUUGCUGUCAUUUUUUAAAAGGUUGUUGGUGGUAGAUUUCUGUAGAGGAGCAUAAAUUUUAUGAGUUGACUGCACAGUUUGAAGGUUUGGACACUUAGUGAAUAAAAAGUAUUGUUAUAGGAUUGAGGUUUUGUUUGAAUGGUGCCUAAAGGUCCCAACAAAGGCAGAUUCUGUAUCUGCAAGGUUGUAGAAGGGACAGAACCUACUAAACUGGUCAAACUAAUCUCUUUGUUAAAAUAAUGGCCCUAGCUGGGCCUGUAAUCACCCACAUCUGCAUUACUAAAUACUGGGCCAUGUUACCCUAGAGACAAUUAGAUGAUAAUGUUCUUUCAGAAGAGGAUAAGCCUCUUCCUCCCUUAACCCGGCUGGAUGCCAUGUCAUCCUAGUGGUAGGAGAACAAGGUUGAGAGAGCUGGCUUUAGCCUGGGCUUAAGGUGGAAGCAAAGGAGACACAAAAACUAGACGUAUUCUGUGUGCUGAAACCAAAGCUAUGGCUUUGGGGACCACCCUUGAAAUGCAAUUGGUAAGCAAGAUCUGUUGGAAUGUUAAUGCUGUGAGCCUGUCCAACUUAUGUUCAGGUUGUUUAUAUGUCUAAGUUAAACCAUCAUGACAUCAGAGUCUCCAACGACUUUCAUUCCAUGGAAACCAAACACUGAGUAAACACUGGACCCCUAGGAGGUUGGAGAUUGGGCUACAAGCAACAAUAUAAUUAUAUUAUGUGGUUUCACAUUAUGAAAUGGGUCAUUUUUGUAUCCUGUGGACAAUUCUACCUAAAGAUUACAACUGGCAAGUCCUUCAAUCCUGCAAAAAUAUUGAAUCUAAUAUUCUCAAAAUUUGUUUUGGGCCCACUAUACUAGAUGUACCUUGAUGAAAAUUUCCAUAUGCGUUCAACCAAGUUGUUAAUUUAUCUGAAGUGUACCAGUGAAUAUGUGUGGCAUGAAGCUCAUUCAGGGCUAAACAAGACGUUCCACAGGCUAUCUUCAAUGCUUCCAGUGGUUUGUUUUCAGUUUAAUGACAAGCAACCAUGAGGGCCUCAAUCAGAAGUGGUAUUGGUGGGACAGCAUGCUUAACCAUUUCUAGCUUAACUGUUUUUUCCACUCAUUUGAGAAUCUACCUCUUUUCUAUGUGAGCUGAGCAGUAGCUCUUGGGGACUGGCAGAUGAUUGGCAGAAGUUUCUCAGGAUUUUCUGCAGUUGGCUUAGCCCAUUCCUUUUCUCCAGAAACAUGCAUUAUUAUUUUUUUGCUCCUUUAAAUACAACUUCUUUAUUAUGUGAUUUGUCAUAAAUCAGCAUACAAAUACUGUACAUCAUAUUUUAAAACAUUAAAUCUCAGCAAAGGCUUUCCAAACUGCUGGUAAUUCCUAUCGUCUUAAUAGAGAACAGAAUUUUGAACUAAUGGUUUUCCUCAGGCCACUGUGUGAUCAGCAACUUCAAAAGCAUGUUUUGCUGCUUGUGUAAAAAUAAAAUAAAAGGCAGUGUCAAUACUUUUUGUUCUCUCAGUUUUAAAUAGAAAUCUGAAUGCAUUUAGACAAAAGCUGCAAUCCUGUACCCGUUUCUCUCAUUGAAAAUAAUGGGAUUGAUUUAUGAGUAGAUAUGUAUACGGGUUUACUGAAAUCUACAGUUUUUGUUUCAGGUUAUUUCCCUCUUUGUCAUAAUGUAUCAUUUGACUGACAACUGCCAAAAAGAGAAAAGAAAAAAAAAGUAUCCUACCUAUGUGUUUUAUAAACUGUUUGCAGCCUCCAUUAAAUUACUGAAAAAUGUGAAGCUGGCUUUUAACCAGUUUUCUUCUUAUCUGUCAAUUUCUCUUUCCUUAACUGAUACUACAUCAGUUGUGGUUUAUUUUUCUUACAUAAUUCUUGCACAAUAGCUGAAUAUGUCUAAAUAAAUUUCUAUCGGUGAGUAGGCUAUGAAGCAUGCACCAAUAUGCUUAUAUAGUUCUAUUAAUACAAAUACUCAGAAGAACUGUUUAUAAAAGCAAACAUAAAAAGUAGAGAAAACCUUUCAACAACUUAUCUUUAGUAUACAAAAUAGCAUUUAGAAAUGAAAAUAUAGACUCUGCCCCCAUGAAAGCAUACCCACACACACUCUGAAAUUUACACACACAUAUACACACAUAGCCCGAGCCAUCUGUUGCUAUAUAUUUUUCAUGUGUUUUAACAUUUUUCUUUUAGAACGUAAAUGGCAAGUAAAAUGUCAAGUUACCCAGAAAAUAAUAAUAGGCAUGACAACCAAAUGUGAGCUCAGCUUGUUUGUCUAGAAAAUAGUUCACAGGAUAGCAGCAUCCUUCUACGCUGGUGAUGCUGCUGUCUGUUUCUUUUACCAUUCUGUUACAUAUUUUUUUUAAAAAAAUAUUUUAUUGAGCAACAAAAAUGCAGUAUAUACAAAGAGAAAAACAAGCAGUAACAACAAAAUAAGUUCAACACAUGGGAGCUUUUGAUAAUAGUCUAAAGAACAAGAAAAAAUCAGGAGUCAAGGAAAUAGAAUUACAAGAAUGUAUCCUUCCACAAUGGUUAAUUGAGAUCUGAUUUUAACUUUUUAACUUGUUCUUACUGAAAUGGUUUUAUUUUUUUAUUGCUGUAAUCUGCUUUGAUAUGUUUUUUAUCACACAGUGGUAUACAAAUGUUUCUAUAAAUGAAUCAAAAUAAAUAAAAUUAUAAAUGGGGUAUAAAAGCACAAUGCACAUUGCACAAUGGAGAGAGAGAAAAUUAAGGUCUCUAUUCAUAAAAAAUAUUUAUAUAUCACUGUAUCACAAAAAUAUAUCACAGUGGUUUACAACAAUAUAAAAGCAUAAAAAUAGACAAUAACAUCAUAACACGUUAAAAACAAGUUAAAAGCAAAAAGAAAUUUAAAAAUAAACAAACAUUGAUAGUCUAUUGUGAGGGAUGUACUCUUAAUUGCCUGCAUAGGCCUGAGUAGAAAUGUUUUCAGCAGGCAUUUUUAAAAAAAUCAGAUUGUGAAGGGAAUUGCCUAUGUAACUGCAUUGUCAUAUAUUUAAUAAAUAACUACGAAACAGGAGUUAUAUUUUCAAAGAGACACACAGGGUUUUAUCAGCAUCAUGACCCUUAUUGAUUUUGGUGAGGAUCAUGUGGUUUAAAAUCUGCAUAACCUUCAAAGUUUACUGCAAAUUGCAAAGUCCAUGCUGAAGCCUAACCAACAACUGUCUCAACUAGAGUGCUGGGUCUUCAAACCGGGAGUCAGGGUUAAAAUUUUUGCUCAGUCAUGAGUCCAGUAGGCAGGGCAGAAUCUGAUGUAAUUGUUUUAGUCUGUUUGGUCUCAGUGAGUUGCAUGACUGAGACCAUUGUGUUAGCCUGCCUCAUGGUUGGCAAAACUUAUUUCCCUUGAAGAAAUGGCCUGGUUAGUGGCCUUUCUCAUUCCUGUUUUUACCACCCAGUAAGCUCUCUGAGGAGAGAUACCACUUGAAAGGCGCUGUGGCCCAGGAAAGAUACACUGAGGGCUUGGGCACAUUUUGUCCAAAGCUGCUGCCGCCCCCCAAAAAACCCCUGGCAUUUUCAGCCUGAUCAGGUGCGGAAGUUAGUAAUAUUGUUGGAUAAAGUUCAAGAAGUGUCUGUAAAUCAGAGAACAUUUAAUCAGUUAGAUCUGACUUGACUUGCGCCUUUUUCUGGAAGAAAAGUACCUAGCUGAAUGCACUUAACACUUCAAGGGCUGACUAUUUCAAUGUGUUUUACAUUGGGCAGAUUUAGUUUGCAAUCCUAUAUCCACUUACCUGGAUGUAAGCUUCAUUGAACUCAUUUGAACUUACUCCCUAGUAGACAUGAAUAGAAUUGUGCUGCUAAGACUGUUUUUUUGACUGUCUAGUCUAGUCUAGUGGGAACACCUGCUGUCUAGGAGCAAGAUUACAAAGGAGUCAGCAAAUGUAUUUUAUAUCAAAAGCUGCUGCAAAUUCAGAAGGCCUGAAUUUGAAUAAACUUGCUGAAUUCCUGUUUUGCCAAGGUUUAUCUGCCCCCCAAACUUUGCAUUCCUGAUUAACUGCACCAAUCCAUGUACUUCAGCAUGCAUUAAAUUCAUGUACUACUGUUUAUGCUGACAGCUAAAAUAAAUGGCUUCCAAAAUGGCCAAGUGAGACUGUAGAUUAGAUUCAAGUAGUUGCAGAAUAAGCUUUUUGUGCAUAUUUUAGCAUAAUAUUCUCCUUUUACACAAAACAUAUGAGGCUGUGAUCCAGAUGACUAAUAGUAUCCUUCUUACAGAAAAGGUCCUCCUUAUAUUCUUACAAUUGGCUUUGUAUAAUUAUCAAGCUGUUUGGGCUGCAACAAGAGUAAAAGAACAUUGCUCUUGUUGCUCUGAGAGAAAUGACUGUGUAUGCCUGUUAGAAGAAAGAAAAGGGCAACUUCUGCAUAAAUAACAUGAUUAUGUAUGUACCUGAUGAAUUUUUAAUUUAUAUCUGUUUCAGGCUCUGCUUGAUACUCAGAACCUUCUGAGAGCUCAAAUUGCAAAUUUCACUUUCAACCUGGGAUUUUCAGGGAAAUUUUACCACACAGGUAAGGGGGGGGAACCAGCAAAAUUUGGUCUCAAUCGUUUUGUGUCUUUGCAGUGCAUGGAGCUGAAAUUGAUUUUGGUGUUGCAGCUUUGUGCUAUAAAGCGAAAUGAAAUGAGAGUGAAGAACUCUCAGAGCCUGAGGGAAGAAGAAAUCUUCCUUCAGGAGGAUAAAACCAGAAAACCAAUCAACUCUUCCUUAUGUUGUGAAUUUUACAAAGUGAGUUAGUCUGGCACUCAAAUCCCAAACAUUUUCAGUGUUGUAUCAGUUUGUAUGGCUGAUGUCUUAUCCACUGUAAUGUCAUAACUCUGACAUUCUGGUACUGCAGCAAUCCCGCUAUCUCAGAAUGCAGCUACAAGUUUCUUGCAAUUAGCUAAUGAGCUCCAACUAUCAUUUUGGGAUUCAUCAGCCAAAUUCUGGACAGCUGCUAUUGAGAAUUUUUUUCUGUCUCUUAAAAUAUUGGCCUUAAUUAAGAUGCUGAAGUUUGACCUGGUAUGCAAGUUCAAAACAAAUGGAAAAAGCUGUUUUCCUUGACAUUAUGUAAUACUUUGCUGAAUAGAAUCACAAGUGUUAUGCAAAUUGAUGCAACUGUGUAGUGAUAGACUGGGAAAUUCCACGUUAAACCCAGUCAAAUUUGAAAAGUGCAUUAAAUUGUAAACCACUUAUCAACAAUUGCCAUCAACCAGCUUUAAGCCGCAAUCCUAGUCCACACUUGGGUUUAAGUCCCAGUAGAACUCAUUUGGAUUUACAUCUGCAUUCAUAGGAUUGCACUGUAAUAAUAAUUACAGUGGUACCUUGGUUCUCAAACUUAAUCCGUUCUGGAAGUCCUUUCCAAAACCAAGGUGCGCUUUCCCAUAGAGAGUAAUGCAAAAUGGAUUAAUCCAUUCCAGACUUUUAAAAACAACCUCUAAAACAGCAGUUUAACAUGAAUUUUACUCUCUAAUGAGACCAUUGAUCCAUAAAAUGAAAGCAAUAAACAAUUUACUGCAGUCACACAGUUCAUCAGUCAGUAGCUGUACUGGGUUCCACACAGUCACAAAAACAAAACAAAAAGAGCCACAAAAAUAGAAACACAAAAUAAAUAGCAAAAACAGACCGCAGCGUAACACUCAAAACGGAAGUGUGGCACUCAAAAUGGAAGUGUGGCACUCAAAAUGGAGCAUGUUUGGCUUUUGAAAAAAGUUUGCAAACCGGAAUACUUACUUCUGGGCUUGCAGUGUUUGGGUUCUAGGUUGUUUGAGUACCAAGGCAUUUAAAAACCAAGGUACCACUGUAGUCAUAACUGUUAUAACUCUGCAGCCCUUCCAAUGCUGAUAUUGAAUACUGGAUUCCCCCCCCCCCCCGCUCUUUACAUUUGAUUUACAUUUAUAUCCCAGCUUUCCUCCAAGGAUGUCAGGGUGGCAAACCUAACUUUCUUCACCUCCUUUUAUUCUCACAACAACCCUGAGUUCUUUCUUUUGUUGUUCUUUUUCUGUUUUGGCUAACCUUCACUGGUUUUUUGUGUGAAAUGAUCCUGGCAGGGAUUACUGUGGUCAUGGGGCCAUCGUGAUAACCACAGCCCUGCUGCACACACAGGUUGAGGCAGAAGGUGGUAUUGGAGGAACAGGCAGAUUGUUUUUCCAGCCAGCUUUCAUGUGUCAUGUCACGCAUUUAUCCAUAAUGUUACUGUUAUCUGAGAUGCAUGUUCCCUUUUUGUAAUCAUGCAGAAAGAAGAAUGUUAUUCUAUGGUAAACUGGAAUAUCUGAUUGCCGUUUGCUCCAAUUCAGCAGUAAAACACAGGCUUUCCUGGGAAAGGGCCAGGACCAGGGGGGAAACCCUGCUCAGACAUGGAGCUUUGAAGCCCAGACCUGUGCCUAGAAACAUGGCACAAAAGGAAUUACUAAAAGUUGCAAAGUCCAUUUUGUCCAUCUCCAGCUGUAAUGGGAAAUGAUUUUAAAGUAACAGUCAGUUGACACUGCAAUAUAUUUGCUCCUCCUCCUCCUCCUCCUCCUUGUUCCACCUUUUUCCCUGACAGGGACUCAAGGUGGCUUACAGCUAAAAUAGGAAUAGCUAAAAACAUAGGGGAAAUAAAUCAUUAAAAAAAUAUAAACAUUAAUAGGGUGUGUGAAAUAUAUAUUAAAGGCAGGUAGGUGGUGCUGUGGUCUAAACCACUGAGCCUCUUGGGCUUGCUGAUCGGAAGGCUGGCAGUUUGAAUCCACGGGACAAACCUCCAGGUGGUCCCCACUCUCCCAUUUUGAGGGUGUUGGGUGGUGUUGAUGAAAAGGCCAGAAGAGAAAGAGGAAGUUCUGUUGCUUAAGUGUAGCUGCAGCUGCAGCCCAUUGUCAUCACCUUCUGGUGCAGAAGGAGAAAUGGAGUGCCAAAAAUGCCAAAUAUUGACUCAGCUAUGAAUGUCAGACAGUGCAAAAAAAUGCCAGUCAAGAUGCACCCCAGUUUACCAUACUCUCACCAAUAGAAACAGUUUGUAAAAUGGCUGCUGUGCUGAGAAGCAGGGAAAGGAUUAGUUAAUUUGCAUCGUAGCUGCAGUGUGCACAAGACCUGAAUCUCUCUGGUGGCAUGUAAAAGCAGUGCAUCUAAAUAACUACCACAGAACAGAUCUCUUUAUGUUGGCUCACCCCUGAAAUGGCCAUAUUGUCCAAUGACAAAAGUCAUUGGUUUUAAUGAACUCCUAAAAUCUAAUGAUCCCAAGCAGUCUAUGGCAUCAUUUCAGCUGCCUGAAAUGCUGUUUCAGUUCUAAAACCACUUGCUCCUCCCUGACUCAAAGAGCACCAGUAGGAAAAGAAGAAGUUUUAUCAAUAGGAAGGCAGAAGUUGUAUGUAUGAGGCUGUAUAUACCACACCAGAUAAAUCAGGAUCUUAAAUAAACAACCACAGCAAACAAAAACAAAACAGAUUGUUCAUUUGUAAGGCUCAGAAACUGGUACCAUUAUUAAUAAUGGCACCAAAUAAGAUUAAUGUAACGUCUCACCAGUUCAGGGAGCUACUUGAUUUAUUAUGUCACAAAGAAGUUUCCAGAAUACUUGGCUAGAGCACUGGUGAAUCUCAUGGGGAAUAAUUUCCCAUAAAUGUGGAGCAGUUACCAAUGACACCUUUGAACAUGUUGUUCAAACACAGAUAUUAUUAAGACAAUGCUUAUGUUCAGUCUUAUGGUUGGUGAGGAGGCACAACAUCUUUUACCAGGGUAAGACACCCAUUGGUUUUGACUGCUUUGUUACACUGUGAAUAAAGUGGCUGCCAGUGGAAUAGCUCUUGCAUAAAUGGGCUGUCACAAAUUGAUAUCACCUUUUUUAUUCAAUUAAAACCUUAUGUUCAAACACUCGAGCAAGGUAGUGCUCCUUACCUUGUCUGUUGUACACAUAUAAUAGGAUCCAACAACUCAUUCUUCUGCCCUGACCCUCAGCACUAUUAAUCAGUCACAUUGGCAAGUAUAGCUACAAGCAGAAAUUGCUCACCAGGCACACAGUUUGACUUCUUGGACAUUACUGUCUCACCCUGUCCCUGGCCUCAAACUCUGUAGCAUUCUUACAUAAAAUGUGGUGAUUCUGGAUUGCUCACAGCUCUGCUUGUCUUAGAAUACUUAGCCUGGCAAAAUGAAAUCCCAUCCUCCAGAUUUUUGCCAGUUUUCUAGAUGUUAGUUUUAAGUUCCUCUGGAAAGGUCCACACCCCAUCCCUUAAAUUCGUGUGAAUGAUUUUGUAAAUAUGCAGCCACAAUGUUUUUAAUGCCACUUCUUUUCCAAAUCUGCACCUGGGUGUUUGAAGUAAUUUUUUCUUCCAGACCUGGAAUAAAUCGUAUUUCAAGCACCUUAUUUUUAUUUUUGCUCCCCCCUCCCCCCCGUUAAUGGUGCUUUCUCACUUUUGUGGUUGGUUUUCUAGGUAAGUAUCUAGCCACAUAGACACUUCAUCAACUGCAUGCCUUGAGUGACUUGACCAGAUGAAUUGCCUUCUGUGUGAGCUGCCUUUUGUGUUUGGCUGUUGGUUGCUUGUGAGGCUGGGUUGAUCUUCCUGCCAGAAUUUGUUGUGAUCUAAUUCUAAAGUUCAUUGUGCUUUUCUCAAAUAUUUGUUAAAGCAUUUUUUUUAAUGAAGUGGAAAAGUUAUUCUAUGAAUCUAUUUAUUUCUGCAGGAACUGCAGAGGAAGAUGAAGGCGAUGACCUAUUACUGGGGUCUGUGGAUGAAUUUUGGUGGUUCCCUCAUAUGUGGAGCCACAUGCAGCCUCAUCUCUUCCAUAAUGAAUCAUCCCUGGUAGAACAGAUGAUCCUCAACAAAAAAUUUGCCUUAGUGAGUUUAAUUCAUAUACUGUGGAUUUGGCAGUUUUGCUUCCUAAUUCAUAGUACACAUUUUCCCCUCUAAUCACAUAAAUUUUGUGUUUUCUAUUUAGGGAAUGUAUUGAAAUGCCUCUUAGAUCAAUUUAUCUGGGCUGCUGUUCUCAGCUUGUUAAGAAACGCAUUUGAAUUCAGUCAUGCUUAUAUGAUGCCACUGGACAAGUCUAAUAAAAUCACAGAACAGGCACAGAUAUUUUGCAGCACCUCCUCAAAUCCAAAUCAAUUGUCAUUGCACUUUUACCAAUAACAGUCCCAUAACCAGUUCAGAUGGAAAUAGACCCUGGCCACUUUCAUGAUUUCAAAGGUACAUUUUCCAGCCUCUGGGAUCAGGGAAAUUGCCACCAGCCAAUAACCACAUGUUCCUUGCUCAAGAAUGACCAUGAUCAUCAGCAGGAUCACCAGCAAGAUUAAAUGCGAGAAAGCUCUGGGCCAGCCCCCAGUGAUACAGCUUUGAAGAUCAUAUUCUUAGUCAUUAUCUGCCUCUUGGUCAGAAAAUGCUGUCCAUUUUGGUACAUCCUAAAGUUAAAUAGGGUGCUGCUUUAUACUGGGCCAACUCAUUUUCCCAUCUAUCUUAGAAUUGUCUACAUUGAGGGCUCAUCCACACUUCUGCUUGUUCCAUCUCUUUCCCCAAGCAAAACCCACUCUUUACCAUAGAAUCAGAGCAAACAUUGGCUGAGUUUUCUGCAGAUUGACAUUGGGUCUGAUUCAGUGGUUAAAAAGUAGUUUUUCCUAGGGCAAGUGGCAGAGCAAAGAGAAAACUGCAUGGACUUGUGCCUAGAAAGCAUGGGACAAGCAGAAAACCACUUGGACCCAUUGCUUUCUAGGCACUGAGCAAGCAAAGUGUGGUCGAGCCCUGACUGGCAGCAGUUUUCAGACAGGGUACAUUCCCAGCUGUACCUAGAUCCUGGGCGUUUGUCAGGAUUUACGAUGUCUCACACAAGACACUGCAAGCUGGCAGUUUUUAUUACUCUUAGAUUUAUUUACUAAUUACACAGUAGCUGCAGCCCAAGCUCUCCCAGCUCAGUCCUCACUGGAUGAACCAGUUGGCCCUACUGGAUGACAUUGUCUACGCCAGCAGGAUAUCCUCCACCUUUUGCCCCACCUCCUGCUGGGCUGACAUUGCCCCUGUACUCUUCCGUCUACUCCGGGGAGACUUGGGGGUGACCAGCCCCUCCUCCUCCUCCUGAUCCAAAUGUAACAGCGGCUGUUCCUCUGCAGCAGGCUCUGUCUGCCCUGCUGUGCUGUCUUGGGAAUUUAUAGCCUGCAUUCCAGAGUGGGAGGGGCUUACAUCACUCUCAGUGUGGGAAGGAAUCAAGCUUCUACUCCCCUCAGCCUGUCCUCCUUCUUCUUCACUGUCGCAAUGGGAAGGGAUGUCCCUGACAGGAUUGAUGCUGGGACCAUCUGAAUGCAAAGUGAAUGGUCUACCACUGAGCUGUGUUCCUUAUGCAUAUUGUAUUCUGUUUCAGGCUUUAAAACAAGCAUUGUUAUAGAAAUAAUGCAGAAAAAUAUGACAAAAUGCUUCUUUGUUUCCUUUGUAUGUGACUAUUUAUUAUUCAUAUGGUAACAUAAGUUAAGGCUAUCACAUGUCAUAUAUAUUAUAGUACAGUAUAUAUAUUGGUGGCCUAAAAAGAUAACCUGAACUGCCACCUAUGAACAAAUGACAAGAUUACAGUAAAAAACUAUUUGCUUACCUUUACAAUUAAGCUUUAAGCCCCUAUAUAAGUUUCCUGAAAACUAUUUCUUUUAGCACAAUCCUCUCUCUCUUUCUCUCUCUCUCUCUCUAUAUAUAUAUACACUGUGUGUGUAUUACACAAGUCCCAUUGAAUUCAAUCAGACUUACUCCAAGGAAAGUGGAUUUAGUAUGAAAUUUGUAUUUUCAAAAUCUUUUUUCUCCACAAUUAGCCACAGUUGUGCUAUUAAGUGUACAACAGAUACUGAAUAUUCAUAUAGAAAGUAUUGAAAAUACACUGGGUUUUUCCAUUGUAAGUAUAAACAUUCAGAUAAAUUGGAAGCAUACCUAUAUAUACUUAUUUGUUUUAAAUUCACAUAAAUAUUAAACUAUCCCAGGGGAAUUAUGCAGAACUACCUUUAUUGGCUAGCCCUGUUUUGGGUAAGGAAAAUUGUAUCAAGAAUACUGCUAAUGUUGUUUUAAAAAAUUAUACUUGAAGUAAACAACAGCAGAAAGCCAAAAGAUCUCCAUUUUGCCUGUAAUCUGCUUUCUGCUCUUAAUUCAAGUAUUUUUGUAUACAUUUUACAUGGGUGAAUUAAUAUAUUGAUAACAAAUAUGUCAAUAAAUUAUUUAUGUGUGCAGUCAUCCUAUAAAGUUAUGUACUGUGAUCUGGAAAAUGUUUCUUAGGGAGAAAUCUUUAGCAUUACUCUUACAUACAGUUCUUGCAUUGCAACCUCUUGUUUCAGCCUAAUUUUCAGAAAUAUAAGAGUUGGUAAAUGGAGAGCCAGUUAUAUUGAUUAUUGUGCUACGUACAAUAUGGCUAGGCAUCUUGAACCUUUGUUCAGCAACAGAAGUGUUGAGGAGAAAUGUUCAGUGCGAAUCAGCAGGCACACAGGGACCAGUUUAGGAAUUUAACUUUAAAACAGAAUUUUGAAAUUGCAUUAUGCUGGCAGAUAGGAAUAUCCAAAGGAGACCUAAAUUGAAUUUAGUGAAAUAAAAAAGUAGAGACUUAAAAUUACACAGCAGCCUUCGUUUUAAGCUUUAAAGUGUAAGGCUUAUAAAAAAGAUUAAAAAUCUGGAGGAAAAAGAUUUGCCAUUAUCUAGGCAUAUGGGGUUCAUCCAGGAUUUUAAAAUAAGCCACAUAAGUCUAUUUAAAUUAACAAGUUAUUCAGGGAGGAUAAUUUGCAUGUUAGAUAUCUUGAUAGAACACUGCUAGAGAUACAACAAAAGAGAAACCUUGGUGGCAUUACUGUUGAAUGGAAGUCAUGAUCAUUACAGAAUGGAAGACACAAAGGCCACAUGCUAUUGCACUUGCAACAGAGGAGAUCUUAGACAAAAAGUGCACUGAACUAAUCAGAAAAAAUGUAGGAGGAAGCUACUUUAUAAGUUUCCUUUAUAAGCUUUCAUUAGCAUGAAAAAGGAACCUGAAAGAAAAGUCUCAAGCUGACAUUUGCCCAACCUGCUGUAGGUUUUGAAUUUAUUCUGUGCAGAAGGAAAGAAACAGAAUGUCAACUGGAAUAACAAUAUCAUAAGGAUCAAUGUAUGGAUUUAACAGGUUGUCUGCAUGUAUAGACAUAUAUGAAAAGCAAAGCAAGUCAUAAAAGUGAUUGAAUUUCAGAAACUUACAUAUUGAUUUCCUCCUUGUUGUUGUUGUUUCUAUGCAUUGCAAAAUAUAUUAUACCUAUCAUACUUUAUGCAGAUGAAAAAUGUAUGUUAAGUUCCAUGACAGCUGAAAAGCUGGAAAGGGACCUUGCACAUUACUUUGUCACUUUUACCGGUAGUUAAUGCUAAUAAGGGUAUGCUACUGUUGCUUUUGGACUUCUUCCACUAGUGGACCAAAAUGCCUGCCUGCCAUUUUUGUCAUCUUUUCUGUGGCACUGUACCUGAAAGCAAGAUGUGAAAGAAAGCAUUAUCACACUUGUUCAUAUAUUUGCUUGGGUGAGAGGCCCACAGAGAGCUUUUAAGUGAUGAGCUCUCCAGGCUUUUGUUUUGCUUUGUUUCAGGAACAUGGCAUUCCAACUGAUCUGGGAUAUGCUGUAGCUCCACACCAUUCUGGCGUCUAUCCUGUCCACGUCCAACUUUACGAUGCCUGGAAGAAAGUCUGGAAUAUCAGAAUCACCAGCACAGAAGAGUAUCCACACCUGAAACCUGCACGGUACAGAAGGGGCUUCAUCCACAAAAACAUCAUGGUGAGCUGUUUGGUUUCUGAUGAUGAACAUUUGUUUAAAAUGGAAGAGAAAGCAUCUGAUCUCCUCCUCAGUGCUGUGUCAAGAGAAGGAGGAGGGAAUGGGGAACUGACAAGCCUGAGAUGAUUGUAGGUCACAUUGAAAGGGGGUUUUUUGGCCAAUUUUUUGGGGGGGGGAAAUUAUUAAAUUAGUUUUAAUUUGUGGUUGAUUUGAUAAGAUUUGGAAAAUCAAUAAAAACAAUUUGGCAAAAAAAGUUUUUUUUCAAAGUUACAAAUAUCAAUGCAUUAUUAAAUAUAUUAAUACAUAUAUAAAUAAAUUAACAAGUAAUCUGCUCAUGUGGUGCUUCUUUGGACAUUGGUACACUGGCACAAUAUGGGGUGUUGCUACUGUACCUAUCAAUAUGCUGCUGCCCCAGGAGUUUGUAGCUUCUCUUUAUUCUGUGCAUUUUUCUGUACAUCAAAAUUAAGGUUAAAAAAAUCACCCAACAAAGUUAAGCAUAUUCAAGUUGUACCAAUUACAGUGAGAGAAUUAAGUGCAUGUUAAUAUCUCUUCCAUUAAAAUUUCUGGGACUCAAGAGCUCUGCUUUGGGUAGAUCAUGCCUCAUUCUGCCCUUCCCCUCACUGUUUUUCUGUAGGUUCUUCCUCGACAAACUUGUGGUCUCUUUACUCACACCAUUUUCUACAAAGAGUAUCCUGGUGGUCCUAAAGAACUGAACAAAAGUAUACAGGGUGGGGAACUGUUUUUCACUGUUGUUCUCAAUCCAGUAAGUAAAUCACAUUAUUUUAAAACAUUUAAAGAAAAUAAUCAUUGAGCUUGUUUUAAAGAGGCCCACAACCUUAAGAAAUUGCAAGUUAAACCACUGGCAGUAUUUUUAUUUAGCUGCUAUCACUGAUGUGUUUAAGGUCAAAUACUUUUGUCACAUGUAUUUCUAAAAUUAAAUAUCUAGGUUCAAUAUAUUCUGUUGUUUGCUUAGUAACAUGGUGGUAAAAGUUAUUUGUGAUAUCCAGCUAAGUCACAUGCAGAGUAGGCCCACCAAAAUAAAUGGACAUACUCUGUUGUCCAAUGUUAGUCACAUUAACCCUCUGUGUUUUAGUUUAGUUAGUUAAAGCUAUACAAAAGACUUAACCUGUUCAAUUUCUGCCUGCCAUACAGGACAAAACCCCUAUUUUCCUCCAAUGCCAACCUUAAACCCAAGCCUAGGCUGUCUUAACCCCAUUAAACACAAUGUGACACAUUUCUUGAUAGGCAUGGCUUCCAUUGUACUUUUAAGUUGACUGUACAAUGAAUUCUUAAUGGUGUUCAGCUGCUGAACAUGCAUAAGCCUCUUUGCAAAGUCUUCAUAUUUACCUUUUGAAGAAAGGGUGAUUCUUUGAAAUCCACCCACACUUAUUGUGUAGUAGUAUUUGCAGAAAAUAAUUUUCAGGGACUGCCUGAUUUCAGAUGAACCCACCAUGGGAAAGUUGUAUCCUGGUUGUUAGGAGAAAAAGAACAAACUAUAGAGAUUCCAAGGACUAGAAAGAAAGACAGAAACAGGAAAAGUGCACUGAGGGGAAGGGGAAAACAGCAGCUCUUUAGGACCCCAGGGAUUCCUCUUGCCUGAUGUCUGAGCAAUUCACUUAUCAGUCAUAGCUAAAAUUCAUUGGUUAAAAACACAGACAGAUGGGAGCAGCUAGCUGGCUCAUUUCACAGAAAUCACUUAUAAUGGUACCUGCACAUUUAAUUUCAUAACUUACUUCUUAGGAGGGCUAGAGAUGUACUUUUUUAAACAAAAACUUAGAAACUGGGGCUUCUGCCCAGAUGUGCCAUUGAAGGCCUUCAUGGGUACCAUGUUGGUCAUCCCUACAGCUCAUGGACAAGACCAAACUGCACUUCAAGAUCUAACUGUAUAAUGGAAAUAAAUGUAUAACAGGGGUAAGAUAAUUUAGCACCCUUCAGUUGACAUUAGGCUACAUCUGCCAUAUUCCCUGACCAUUUGGAUGCGCCGACUGGGGUUGAUGAAAGUUGUACUCCAUAAACAUCUGGAGAGCACCACCUUGGCUGUGCUAUGAAGUUUAUUUUACAUCCUCCUCUGUGCCAAAAAACAGCCACAGCAGUGUAAAAGAAUAGCAUAUGUGAAUGUCUUACAUGACUUGAUCAUUUAUAUUAGCUCUAUUCCCUUCUAAGUUUCCAGAUCCUUCAGGUUUAGUACUAUGCACAAAAACAUUAUCUGUUUGCUGUGUUUGUGGGAAACAUAAAAGCUUGUGUUCUAAAAUAGCUCAUCUAGUAGUCUUCUAAUGCAUGCACUUUUGUGGAAUUGGUUUACGUCCCCUCUGUCCCUGGCUGAACUGUGAUCUGAUAGCAGGUAUAAAAUUAUCCUAGCAGCAAAAACCAUUGUGUUCAUAAAGCAUGUAGAGAGCAUAAAUUCCAGCAGUGCAUAAAGAACAGUGGGAGUUGAUAGCACACUAUUCACUUUUAAAUAAUCAUUGCACACCCAUAGGCUACGGAGGGUCAGACUCACUGGGGUAAAUGCUUGUAUAAUGCAAAGCUCUGCUUAUCUACCUAGGAGUAAGUCUGGUUGAAUUUGAUGGAACUUGCUCCCAUGUAAGUAUGGGGGGGAUUGCAGCCUUAAUAUGAUUUGUAGCCAACUAGUGAGACCACCAAGUAGGAGCUAGCAAGCGUGGAUGGAGUGCAUGAAGAAUAGGGAAGGGCCCUAGUAGAGUGACAGAGCACCUGCUCUAUGUGCAGAAGACCCCAGGUUCAAUUCCCAGCAUCUCCAUGUAGGAGUGGGGAAGGCCCCUGUCUGAAACCCUGGAGAGCCACCGCCAUUCAGUGUAAACAAUAGUGAGCUAGAUGGACUAAUGGUCUGGUUUAAUGUAAGGCAGCUGUUCCUGUCAUUUCAUUUUUCACUUUAAUUCAUUUGGUCGGGAUUACACUUAUUAUUUUAUAAUUAUUUAUUAAAUCUGUAUACCACUCUUCAUCUUUAGAUCUCAGGGCAGUUCAAAACAUAAAAAUACAAGAUAAAAAGACAAAAUACAUAAUAAAAAAGAACAAAAAGCCCACAAGCUAAAACAACAACAACCCACCCCUCCCACAAAAACCAGUUUUAUGUACAGUAUUUUAAAUUGCUUCCCUGUAACUGUUGUUUCUUUGCAAGGGGCUUCGUAUGCUCAUACAGAUGGGUUGUGCCUUCCUGCCCUAAGUAGAAAUUCUCAAAACCAUUUUUGUUAGGUUAUGGGCCUCCUCUUGUCUCAUAAAGUCUUGGAGCUUUGUCUACUGCAUUGGGCUAAACUGGCUUUGCUGACAGAAGACUCUUCCAUUUUAGAUUUCUUCAGUGAGAGCAGUGCAGUCCUGUUUGUAUACACACAGACCCAUUUUGUGGCUUCCAAUUGCCCUUUAUACUUUGUAUUGGUAUGUGUAUUGGCGUAUGUAUUGGCAUGCUCUGGUCCAGGGGGUCACGAAGAGUCGGACACGACUAAACGACUAAACAACAACAUUGGUAUGUGUACCCAGUGUUUAGGAAGGAAGGAGAGGGAUCGUGGCAGCUUUUCCCCACAGUACUUUGUGUUUAUUACUGUCAUUAAAUGUCUCCCUUAUCUAUCCCAAGGCACAGAUUAUUUGAUGAAUAUACAUUUUUAAACUUUUCCUGCCUGAGUAAUUAACGCUACCUAUUUUGCUCAGCAUUGAAUUCUUUUGUUUUUGUUUUUUUUGUCAUGACUUCAAGCCUGGCACCUCAGGUGACAAUUUGCUUCACAUUGCAUUGCUUCUAGACAUGGCUGUCUGCCAUGCUAAUAUUUCUUCAUUUUCAAGUCAGUGAUACUGUUAUUACCAUUGAUGGUAUUACAUUUUGACAGUACUGUGGUGAUUUUUCUGCAACAAUACUUGCUUGCUGAUCCAUAGUAAGAACUUGAUUGCCUUUGAGCAUAUUUUUAUUCUGUUUUUAUUGCUUACUUCCUUGGGCUAACCCACUACUAGAAUGUAAGGGAGAUAAGGCUGUAAGUUCUCAAUGAAGCAGAUAAUUGUUGCCGCAAUAGUCUCCUUACGUGAAUUAGAAACAGUAGUGGUUAUGUUGUUCCACAGCUGCUAGAGGCUUCUUGAUCAACAUGACAGGGGCCAUUGUGCAGAUUGUGACAUGAUAAGGACAAGUCCUCAAGUUUGGUGGCCAUAUUGAAAUCAUUUGGGACAGUUCCUAGCUAAUGAAAAGUUGCACUUAUAGAAAGUUCCACAAACAGAAGUGGUGAUUUUCACAGAUUCCUCCAUUCCCCAUGCAGUAUUAUGGCACCCUAUGAAAAUCUGGAUUCCUAUGGAACAGUGAAGAGGUUGAUACCAGGGGCUGCAGCAGGAAGGGGGAAAUGGGCAAAAAUUGCUUUCCCCAUCCUAAAUGGAAUAAUUCCUUUCAAGUGCAGUAGGGUUCCAUUAGAUCUGACCUGCUGCAUCUCUCUUUCUUGCUUUGUUGACAAUUUAAAAUAAAUAUUAUGGGCUAGUAGAAUCAUACUUCCAUUCAGUGUUUCAAAGGAUGAGAUGCUACCGGUCUCCUAAGGGCAUCUUGUGAAUGAUGAAGAAACUAAACAUGUAGGUUUUGAACCAGAUAUAGAACAGUGCCAUUCAGUAGUAUAUUUGUUUUGCAGGAUUUGCUAAUAAAACAUGACAGGAAGGCAUUAUCAGUAUCUCUGAGCCAGUAGAAGAGCAAUUAUACCCAAGGGCCAAGUUGAGUUCAACAUACAAACACACCUGUCUAUAAAUCUAAAGGAGUACUUCUGUAUCUUUACUUUAUGUCUGCUUCCUGCCAUGCAUGUAGACAUUAUUCCAUAGCUACAAUAGAUAACACAUACAUUCUGCAAUCAUGUUCCUGUAUAUGUUUAUGCUAUAUUUACAUGGGGAAUGGUACAUUCUGUGAAUGAAGGCCAUAAAUGGCCUGAGUUCAGUAUAUCCUGAGCAGUUAUCCUCCUCAUGAAAAACUGGCAACCUUCUAGACCAGCUUUUCUCAACCUGUGGGUCCCCAGAUGUUGUUGAACUACAACUCCCAUCACCCCUAGCUAGCAAGAGAUGAUGGGAGUUGUAGUCCAACAACAUCUGGGGACCCACAGGUUGAGAAUCGCUGUUCUAGACCAACUGAAAGGCAUGUGCUUCAGGUCCUGUUACUCCACCCUCUGCCAAAAACCAGAUAACACAAAAUAAGAGCUAUCUCUGUUGAAGUACAAGCCCCGUGCCACAUGCUACCCAGAGAAACCUGAUGGUGUCACUCAGUAUUAACCUUCUAGAGGCAAGAGAAGAGAUAAUUUGAUUUGCCUAGAAUCCUGGUAUUGUAUCCAACUAAAUCAUUGACAGCAUGGAAUGCCUUCCAUGAGUGCAAUGGAAGCGCCCUCUCACUUCCCCCAAACCCACUCUGGAGGGUUAGGCAAACCUCCAUGGCAGAUCUGGGGGGUACUUGGGAGGAGUUCCAUUGUGCUCAAAGAAGUUGCAGGUGGUUGGACUAGAUGACCCUUGAGUCCCUUCCAACUCUAAGAUUCUAUUAUUCUAAGCUGUGCCUCACACACAAUGAUUUUCUGGGAUACAACUCCUGAUUAUUAUUAUUUUACUAAUUUAACUAAUGAUAGGGUUUUCUGAUGCAAUAUUUAGUAUAUAUUUUUGAUAUACUCAUUUCUGUCUGUUACCUUAAUUUUAGCUCCAAAAAAAGUGUUACUGAAAUUUUAAUAAGAAAGCCACUGCAAUGGUGGAGAUUUGUAACAUCCCCCCCCCCAAUUCAUCCUAAUGGCUGUGUGGCGUUUCUGUGCUUUCUGGAUAUGGCUGGCACCAUUAGCCUCUUUUCAAAAUGGAAGUCUAAUUUAAAUAGUUCGUUUCCUCCAGCUGUGGCUCUUUCUGAACAAUGAGUUGGAAUCACAUAGCACUUUACAGGCCUUAAGUGUAAUAGUGCUUCAUCAGGAUAUCAUACCAGGCUGCCACAGAUGUAUUGCCCUUGUAAGCUUUGCUGUGGAUUUCCUAUAAAGAGAUGGAGAACCAUACAUUGGCAUUUAUCAUACCUGUAUGUUAUUUAUGGCCUUGUAAAGGUAAGAAAAAUGGAUGUUGCUGCAAAUUUGGGAUGGCUUUCUGUACUGCUUAUAGUAUGCCUUUAGAAUUUGUUGGUAUGACUGAAAUACAGAUGAUGAAAACAACAGGUCAGAUAAGAGAUUUCAAACAGUAUUAUACCCAUCCUCGAAACCUUUAUUGCAUUAACUGUUUAGUCCAUGAAACCAACCUACAUAACUAACCUAACACAUUUUGUGCAGAAUAUCAAUAUUUCCUCUAAAUAAUAGUGAUAAUUAAAUAACUGACAGCUUUGCAUCUUUUAAUUGCAAAUAUAUAAUUGAAUGGUUUCCUCGCAAAACGUUAGCUUGAUUUUUCAGCAGAUCCUUUUUCCUCCCAAGACUGCUCCCUCUCUCUUUUCAUGUUCCACAUCAACCUCCUUCAGUGUCGUAAUGCAUGAUGCUCUGCUUCAGUACAUGCUUUAGGCAGAUUUGAUAUCAUCUGUGGGACAAAAUACUUUAGAACUCUGUUGUUCUAGUGCAUUUUAUGUUAUAAAUUACGGAACUGAAAUUAAGGGCACAAGUAAUUUCUCAGUGUGGCAGAGCUGAAACCUUCCAGACAUCAAGUCCUGUUCUUUGGGCUAGUAGAUGAAAGCUUGGUUCCAGAGAAGUUCAAGGAUGGAUAUGUGUAGCCAUGUUGCCAUCCACUUACAGCCCUGCCACCAUAAAGGGUGCUGCUCCAGGCUCUCUGCAGCACUAGAAGCAACCUCAUUCUUCUUUGGAUCCUAGACACAAUCAGUUUUGUUUGAGCAGUUAUGCCCUGCCUAUCUGUAAUAAAAUAUGGCUUUCUGUAUUAUUUAUGCAGUCCAACAGGUUCUGUAAAAUAAUAAUAAUAAUAAUAAUAAUAAUUCUGGAUUGGAUCAAGAUUAAAUCUACUCCCACAGAAAUCAAUGUGACUUAGGUUAGCCAUGACUAUCUGGUUCCAUUGAUUUCAGUGAUACUAAAGCACUACUUACUGAGUUUUCAGCCAACCAUCUCUUAUAGAUAUUUACCAUACUAAUGGAGAUCUGUGGUAGCUGUGAGAUUUUCCUAUACAGCUUAUGUUGAAGAAAAGUGUGACAUUGCAGGCAGAACCCUUUUUAUUUCAAACUUUGAAUAGUGCUCUUUCAUGCCAUCUAUCUUUUUUUUAAAAUAAUAAUAAUAAUAAUAAUAAUAAUAAUAAUAAUAAAUUUUAUUUAUAUCCCGCCCUCCCCAGCCAAAGCCGGGCUCAGGGCGGCUAACAACAAUAAAACAGUACAAAAGUACAACACAAACAACACUCUAAAAUCAUUCAUUAUAAAAUUAAUUCAAAUCAAGCCACUGGCUACCAUUGGGCCAGAGCUCCGCGAAGAUUGCUGAGGGAGGGAGUCAAGCUGUGCCCUGGCCAAAGGCCUGGUGGAACAGCUCUGUUUUGCAGGCCCUGCGGAAAGAUGUCAAGUCCCGCAGGGCCCUAGUCUCUUGUGACAGAGUGUUCCACCAGAUCGGAGCCACAGCCGAAAAAGCCCUGGCUCUAGUUGAGGCCAGCCUAACCUCUCUGUGGCCUGGGACCUUCAAGAUCUUUUUAUUUGAAGACCGUAAGUUUCUCUGUGGGACAUACCAGGAGAGGCGGUCCCGUAGGUACGAGGGUCCUAGGCCGUAUAGGGCUUUAAAGGUUAAAACCAGCACCUUAAACCUGAUCCUGUACUCCACCGGGAGCCAGUGCAGCUGGUAUAGCACCAGGUGAAUGUGAUCUCGCAGCGAAGACCCCGUAAGGAGUCUUGCUGCAGCAUUCUGCACCCGCUGGAGUUUCUGGGUCAGUCUCAAGGGCAGCCCCACGCAGAGCGAGUUACAAUAAUCCAGUCUGGAGGUGACCGUCGCGUGGAUCACAGUGGCUAGGUCAGGGCGAGAGAGGUAAGGAGCCAACUGCUUAGCUUGGCAGAGAUGGAAAAAUGCCGCCUUUGUUAUAGCUGCAAUCUGCACCUCCAUGGAAAGGGAGGUGUCGAAGAUUACACCCAAACUCUUAACGGACGGUGUUGGCACUAAUUGCGCCCCCGCAAGAGAUGGGAGUUGCCCCCCAAUCCCAUAUCGUCCCAUCCCAGCCACAGGACCUCUGUCUUCGAAGGAUUUAGCUUCAACCGGCUCCCACAUAACCAUCCAGCCACAGCGUCCAAACAUCUGGUCAGUGUGUCUGGGGCCGAGUCAGGAUGGCCAUCCAUCAACAGAUACAGUUGGGUGUCAUCAGCAUACUGAUGGCAACCCAGCCCAAAACUCCGGACAAGCUGGGCGAGGGGGCGCAUAAAGAUGUUGAAAAGCAUCGGGGAGAGUAUCGCACCCUGAGGUACUCCACACACCAAGGAGUGGCGCGAUAACAAUUCCCCCCCAAGCGCCACCCUCUGUCCCUGACCAGAGAGAAACGAGCGCAGCCAUUGAAGGACUGUGCCCUGGAUCCCCACGUCGGCAAGGCGGUGGUCCAGGAGUUCAUGAUCGACCAUGUCAAAAGCUGCUGACAGAUCUAGAAGAAUCAGCAGCCCCAACCCGCCUUGAUCCAGCUGUCUACGAAGAUCAUCUGUUAGGGCAACCAGAGCCGUCUCGGUCCCAUGACCAGUGCGGUAGCCGGACUGGAAUGGAUCCAGAGCCGAUGUUUCAUCCAGAAACCCACCAAAAAAAGGUUAUUUUUCCUUCACAAAUUUAAGAAAAUAAAUUCAAGUGCAGACAGAAACCUAAUUCAUUAUUCUGUCACUUUGUGAGUCUAAUGGAGCAAGAGCAGCUGUUGAGAGUCUCUGAAUACCUGAGACUGAACUCUUCAGAGUAAUAUGGAGACAAUAUCAGGGACCAACAUACACAGUGUACACAAUGCAAAAUUAAUUGGAAAAUAGAUGGUCUGAAAGUUAAACACGCUCUUGUGGCCUGUAAACAUUUGUUCUGCAGCUAAAAUAACAGCACUAUAUUAAAAUAAAAGAAUAUUUGCUUCUAGCACUUAAGUGAAACAGAUUCAUUAACCACCAUUCAUUUUGUUUUUAAGCACUGGAUUACAUGACAUUACUUCUGCUCCUAUUAUUAAACAAUGUAUCAAGUAAACCUAAUGCCAAAAUUAAGCCCAUGACAAAAAGAUGUAAGAAAUUGAAUUAGCAACUUGAAAAUAUGUACUUGGAAUUGAAUUGUUCGAAGCUAUUGGUGCUAGCAAACAUUUUCAAAAGGAAGUUUUCAAAAUAUCACUGAUAUUUCAGAACCCUGAAUAGUAUUCAGAAGACCUGCCAAUCUUCUCAUUGUGUGCUCAUCUGGUCUUCUAAGUUCAGUUGCAAAAUUAAGGAAUGCAUUUUUCCGAUUUUCAUUAAUAUAGUUUUAGAACCCAUAUUUCCUAUCUUAAGCUGAAUUAUUUACCCACAAAGUUACCACUUUCCUUCCUUCAUCCUUUUUUUUAGUGGUCAGGGCAGGACUUAAGUAGAGCAUAUAUCAGAGAUUUAACUGAGAGGAGAAUGUGAUGCUAAGGUCUACCAGGCUUGCAUGUUGAGAAUGCUGCUUUAUGGAAGUGAGUCCUGGGCAACUUACGACCACCUUCCACAUGCAGCAGCACAACCAGACACCUUCAUCUCCUCCAGCUGCAACAAAAUAUAUCUGUCCCGCAUCAGUCUCUACAGCCACAGCAGGCGCUGCAACCUUCCAACAGCUUGAUCUCACCCCCAAAGGCAAACUCCUCCAUUGUUUCCUGAGACGAAUGGAUGGAUGCCAACAGAACUGAGAGGACAGACAGGAAGGGGUGGCUUUCUAUGUUGUAUAGAACGCAGCAACAUGUCCUGACAGUAGAUUGAAUAUAGGUGCAAAGGAAAAGGAUGAUUAAAAAUAAAGCCAAGGCUUUGUUCUGGGACAAUAGAGUGGAUGAUGAUGCUAUCAUCAGAGAUGAGGAGUAAUUGAGGAGAGGCAGGUUUAGGGUCAAAUAUGAAAAAUUCAGGCUCAGGCAUAAUUGAGUUUGGGGUGAUAGGCAUUCAAAUAGAAAUAUCAGAGAAUGUUGGAGACCUGAGACUGGAUGAAGGGGGAAAGGACCAAGGUAGAGUGUUUUUUCCAGCCUCCCUCCCUCAGCUGGAGUCCUCAUAAAGCUACCCUGACUCCACAUGGGAACUUCAGUCGCUUUCUAAAGGUGAAUUCACAACCAUUUAGGUCAGAGCUUUCCAAACUGUGCCGUGACAUGUGUGUUGGCUGCAGUGUGUAAGUGUGUCAUGCAAACACCCCCACACUCCUCCCAGGGCUGGAAGGGGUUAAUCUAACCUCUAGUUUGCUAGUAAAACUGAAUUACUGUGUUCUGAAAUGAUGCAUGUCUAAAAAGUGUGUCACCAACAUGAAAAGUUUAGAAAGCUCUGGUAGGUUGUAGUUGUGUGAUCAAACCACAGUGAAUGGGUUCCUCCCACUGAUGAUAGGUUUUGUGAGUGCUUCAACCAAAAUAAGGGUAUGAACUUAAAUGGAAAUGGGCCCAGUACUAAGAAGGAAUGGAGUACUGUGUUAGAAAGUAAAACCCAUACCAACAAAAGGACAAUAGCUGAUAUGGUUCCAUUCUAUGAUAUUGUAAUUUCAAUGUUAUCCACAAAGCAGUGUCAGUAUGCAAUUCUCAACUGGUUCAAUGGGUCUUGUCAGAUGAAUGGAGGCUGUGUAUUGCAGUAGGCCCUGCCCUCUAAUCUGUUGGGUUCAACUGAGAUGUUCUGUUGCAGAAUAGCACAUUGUCAAGAAAACAUUGAACUAUUUUAAGAUGUAUUAUCUGAAUACUUGUUUUCUUUUUCUUUUCUUUUUUGCUCCAUGUUUUCAUCAUAAACUAAAAGCUGGGUGAAAUGUUUGCUACUUCAAGGGUUUGGAAUGAACACAGAUCCAAAGGGGAGGGAGACCUUUUGCCACUCUUGAUUUUGCAGUGUGCAAAAGCAGGCAUGCUAUCAAGAAGUCAAAAGGAGAUGAUUAUCCAGCUUGCCCAGAGGGUUAUGUGCAAUGGGAAAACAAAAUCGAGAAACUUUGCUACUCUUCUGAAAAAGAUGAAAAUUAAAAAACAGUUACUAGCCAGGGGCCAAAUGUAGCUCUAAACCAUCAUUUAAAACAUUUUUUUCAAUUCAAUUUUCUCCUUUAAGGAUCUUAAUUUCCUUGGAGUGCAAUGAAACACUGCUAGAUUUCAAGUUCAUUUGGGAGAAAAGGUGAAAAAGGGUGGGUGUUUUUUCACUGAAGCAACAAAAUGCUGAACUGCUCUAAUAAGAAAGCUUUUAAGAUGGUGGGAUGCAAUUUAAUAAUGUACCAAAACACACAUUUUAAAGGGUGGAAAGGUUAGUAGAAUUCAUUCAGUCUUGUCUUGCCUUUUCUAAAAGGGAGAGGGGUGUUAAAGGCUAUCAGUGCAUUGCUGACUCACAUUUGCUUGAGAAGAAUUGGAAAGCAUAUAUUCACUAAGAAAUUGCUCAGGACCAAUUCACAUGUAGGAAAUGUAUUGUAGGGCUUAAGCAUAAUGAACUGCUGGUUGUUUUUGUUCCUAGUUUGGUUUUGCAUUUUCACACAUCUGAAGAAAUGAGCUCCAGUUCCAGAGACCUUUGUACUAAUAUUAAGUGUAUAAUUAUUUAAUGUAAGGCAAUGCUCUUCGUAGGAUUUGCUUAUGGAAACUAACAUAGCUACACAUGUGGAAUGUUAUUUUGAUAAACUGAACAUUUCACAUACAUUCAAGUUCUCUCCUGGACCGACUUACAAUUGGCAGGCCUUACUAUAGGCUGCUAAAAAUGGUUAAGAGAUGAUGAAGUGCCAAUUUUCCUGGCAUGGCUUCUCCCAUCACAGUGCUGCAGUGAAAUGAUUCCUCCUUCCGUACUGCUGAGUCUUGUCUUGGUGCCAUUCAAGGGCUGGACUUCACAGUACUACAAAGAACUAGUGGGCUUCCUAAAUAUAAAGUUGUCUCCAUAGAGAAGCAGCUGUAAACAUCUGGGACUUUGCUGUGAUAAGCUUUCCUGAGUAGAACAUAAAAACAUGACAAGCAGGUUUUGGAAUCCCUUCUAACAGUUGUGUAAACAUAUAAUAAACAUAUUUUAAAACAGCGAAGGAAACCUAGAUUUAACACUAUGAGCUGAAACUAACAUUUUAUCAUGUCUCUUUUCUUGCAAAUAUGUUGAACAUUUUGUAAUGCAGAGGCAGAGUGGAACUAAAACUGAAUUUGAGGUCCAUGUUUAAUUUUUUUCUCUUCCCUGGCAAAGCAUCUUCUUUUUGAAAAUGAUUUAUUAUGAUCUAUUUAGUCCACUUUUUUUAAAAAAAGGAAAAAGAGUAAAAACCCUCCACACCAUAACAUUCUUAGGAUUAUAGUGAGAUUUGCUUCAGGAAAAGAAUAAUACAUAUUUUCCCUGAACUACUAACCUUUUCAAGUUCUCUCUCUUUCCCCCUCUUUCAGUGCAGUGUUAAAGUUGUUGGCAGGUAAAGAAUUGCCGGGAGGUGAACUGACAUUAUAAAUGUCAGAGGUCAGCACAGGUGUAGGAGGAAAAAGAAGCUGCUGAAAAAUCAAGCUUACCUUUUGUGGGGAAACCUUCCAAUUAUAUCUUUGUUGAAAGUAACAGUCCAGUUUCUAGACUACUUCUGGCUUCAGCACUAAAAAUAAUAAAAGAAAUUUGAAAAGGUUAUACAUGUGGCCAAAAAAUACAUUAUUCCUUGCCUGAAGGGAACACAGCCAUCUUUUGAAAAUACAUUUUUUUACCAUUCUAGCUUUAUAAGGGGGAUUGUGUUCUAUGAAUUAUAUCUCUUUGUAUCUCUUCAUGCUUUGAGAAUAACAAAAAAUGAAGCCCCAGGCUUUAGUCACAAGCCAGGCAGUGUCACAAGGUGACACUCAUUAAACAAAUUCUCUGUGAAAUGAUGCUUGUUGCAAAUUCUGCUAAAGAAGCAGCACAGAAAUAGAAUUGCAGAGCUUUGGGUGGAAAUGGAGUGCAUAGAAGGUACAUUUUAAAAUGCAUUGCAACCUGAAAGCUGCAAAUCCAACUUUCCUUCUCUAAACCUUGAUUUUGUGGGUGAGGAAAAGGUUUAAAUAAUAUCAUACCUUCUUCCUGUCAUGCAAAGAAAUACCUUAUCUCAGAUUGAGCCAGAGGAAAUGUCUUAUAAUAUUAGACUGUAUUUCAAUUUCUAGCACAUCCAGUCAUUCCUACAAUUAAUUGGCCUUUUAACAAGAUAUUCAAGCUGUUUCCCAUGUAAGCAAGGCUAGGCAGUUCAGCAUUGUGUUUGCUAGUUGGGCAGCUUUUGUAGAAAAAUACUGCAUUUGGUAUUGUGAAUACAAAAAUACAAUAUUGUUUGAAAUACAAUGCUUUCUCUUUAAUGUAUGUACUUUAGUUGUCCUGAUUAGCAGGGCUCUACAGUUUUUACUUGCAGUGGCAUGUGUUCAAUCGCUUUCUGGAGAGGGUGAUGAGCCCUGGACUCCCAAUCCUGGAGGUGUGGGGUAGGGAGGACUGCUAACGUGAUCCAUAGAAACACAGGAAGCUGCCUUACACCAAGUCAAACUAUCUGGUCUUUCUAUUCCAAAUAAUAGUGGAUCCAUCCCCAAAGUUGAAGGAAAGCAUGCAAUUUGGGGUUUGAUUCUGCCUCAGGGUAGGGGUACACAGGUGUAGCAUCUUUGCUCUCACCUGCCAGAUACUUCAACAACCCAGCAAGUAUAGAAACACAACAUAGCUCCAGACUCUCCCUUUCCAGCUCUGAGUGAAAGGUGGGACAAGGGCUUCGUUUUUGCUUUGCAUGAAAUCCCCACCCUUUUCACCAGCUCAAAGUUGAGAGCUGUGAAAGGGAGUGUGGGAUUGUCUCUGGUCUCACGCCGUCUUUUAGAGGUGAGGUCAGAGACAAGAGCCCAUGCCUUUGGAGAGGAAUGCAUGGUUUUCGUAAUCACAAGUUUUGGGUUGACUAAUCCCUUCUGAUUCAGACAGUUGUUUUUAACGACAUUCAGAUCUUUUCUAGGGAAGUGUAACCAAUGGUAUUGUAUUUGUUUCCAGGGGUUGUAUAGCAGGGAAAGUAGCAGCUCAUGGGGAACUGUUAGAUAUUGUAUGCACCUUAUAUAUAACUUGAAUUUGCAGGGAAUUCUGUUACCAUUUAAGGGAUUGCUACCUUAUUUGCUGAAUUUGCAGGGAAUUCUGUUACCAUGUAAGGGAUUGCUACCUUAUUUGUUGAUCACUACACAGCAAUCUGUAGUUCAGAGAAGGAAAUCUUUGGAAGAUCUAGACUUACCUGCUUGGCAUAGAAAUUAGACUCCAACCAGGGGAAAAGGAACCACAGACCUUUUAAGCCAUCUGGAGGAACUUUAUUUUAUAUGCAUCUAAUAACAAUAUACAUGAUUAUUAUUUUUGUUCCGUUUCCUGUAAGAAAAUUUUGGGCGGGAGGGAUAUUAUUUAUACAGUCCAUUUAAUAAAAUAUUUAGAUAAUAAUAAUUGAACAGCUGUUCAUUUGCCAAGCACAUUUGCUGGCCAAAAAUUGGUACUUAUCAUAACUGAUUCAAAGUCUAUAGUGGUAGAGAACAAGUCUUCCCAAUGCUUCCAAAAUUCUUUUUUACUUAGUUUAUCACUGCAGCUGAUGUAGCAUCAUUUCACUGAUGCACUACUAACUGCAUGCUGCAUAGAAACUAGCCAUGUCAUACCAGCCCUGGGAGCCCAAUGUGCUUUACUGUGCUGUCUUACCACCACAGCAGAGCAUAGGAUACGCCUGUCAAUAAGAGCAUGCGUAGCCAGAGCAUUAAGGACAAAUAGCAUGGAUGUUAUCUUCCCUGGAACUUCACUGCCAUCUAGUGAUACCGUAAGAAAAAUGUGUUUUGUUUUACAGAUCAGCAUCUUCAUGACUCACUUGUCUAACUAUGGGAAUGACCGCUUGGGUUUGUACACCUUUGUCAAUCUGGCUAAUUUUGUUCAGAGUUGGACUAACCUGAAGCUGCAGACACUACCUCCAAUUCAGUUGGCUCACAAGUACUUUGAACUCUUCCCAGAGCAAAAGGACCCUCUUUGGCAGGUAAGAUUGCAAAAGAAACAUGCUAUAAGGGAUAGAGCGGACAGAUUGCUUAAUCUUCUGUGCAGUCAGAUAGUCUUUUUCAGCCCUACCUGUAGAUCUCAGGGAUUGAACAUGCAGCAUAAAAAUCAUAUACCGCAUACAUAAAACUGCUUUCUACCCUUAAUGUCAGAUUACUAAUCUGAAUCUAACUAAGCAAAGCUUUUGAUUGCUAACCGAAUGUUAUAAAAUCAGUAUCACUUUUAUCAUUACUCCCCCCCCCUUUCUAUACCUCUGCUUAUUAAAAACCAUAUAAAAGCAAAGUAUUUUACACAACCUAGCAACAUAUAUAAUUUGGAGAUUUUUCUCCCCUUUGUAAUCCAAUGGUGCCAGUGUAGUGUAGUGGUUAAGAGUGGUAGACUUGUAAUCUGGUGAACUGGGUUCGCGUCUCCACUCCUCCACAUGCAGCUGCUGGGUGACCUUGGGCUAGUCACACUUCUCUGAAGUCUCUCAGCCCCACUCACCUCACAGAGUGUUUGUUGUGAGGGAAGAAGGGAAAGGAGAAUGUUAGCCGCUUUGAGACUCCUUAGGGUAGUGAUAAAGCGGGAUAUCAAAUCCAAACUCUUGUUGUUUAGUCUUAGUCGUCUUCGACUCUCCGUGACCCCAUGAACCAGAGCAUGCCUUGGAAACUCUCACUUUCUUCUCAAAGCGUCUCCUUUUUAUGUCCAUUGAGUUUUCUUGGCAAAAUACUGGAGUGGUUUGCCAGUUCCUUCUCCAGGUGGAUCACAUUUAGUCUAAACUCUCGGCUAUGACCUGUCUGUCUUGGGUGGCCCUGCACUGCAUAGCUCAGAGCUUCUUGGAGUUAUUCAAGCCCCUUCUCCGCGACAAGGCAGUGAUCCAUGUCGGGGAAUGAUGCCUUAUGUUUGCCUAAAUCCUUAUGUUGAAGUUUGAAUCAUCCUGUGAUGUCAGGUUAUUGACAAGUGGGUGUCCCCAUCCACUUGCCAAAAAUGGCCCACAUGGUGGUACCAGAUAUUAUGAAUAGAAUAAAUAUAAACUAUUUUAGCAUUGAUACUAGAUAAACAUAAAUUAAGGCUGCAAUCCUAUACACAAUUACUUGGGAAUAAGCCUCUUUGCACUCAGUGCUGAUUGCAUAGGAUUGUGCUAUUAGAUUAUAAUAAGGAAAUGUGAUUCCUAGCAGCAAUACUUAUUUUAUAUUCAUCAUUCAAAAAAUAAAGUUAAAAAUUAAUUUUAAUGUUUAGAAAUUUAAAUUUAUCUUGCAGCAUAAUAUGUAAACUAGACAAUUUAGCUACUGUUGACUAGUAGCAAUAAUAAUGAUGAUGAUGAUGAUGAUGAUGAAAGAUUGCUUUUUCCUUAACUUAGAAUCCUUGUGAUGACAAGCGACACAGAGAUAUCUGGUCAAAAGAAAAAACCUGUGAUCGGUUACCAAAAUUCCUGGUUAUUGGACCCCAGAAAACUGGUAAGGGCUUAUUGAAUUGGCUUGGUAGAAGAAAAUAUUAGCUAGGAGCAACAAUGAUGAACUCAGGCUUAUCUACACUGCAGCUUCUAUGAACCAACAGAGCACAAGGCUGUUCUGUUUGAUUCAUAGACCCUGCCCCAACAUUACAACUGUCUACUCCAAAAUGGCUGUUAAAUUAUAAGUGAUUGUAUAAAACAAAAAAUAUUUAUUUAGAGUUGUGUUCUUCCACACAUAACCCAAAUACCAGCAUACACCAAUAUUUUUAUACUUGUUUAGUUUGAGCAGGAACAUUUGCUUUCCUUUAUUUUUAUUGUUGGCAUUCAGCUGUAUUUGAACAUUUACUGUAUUUGUUAUUAAUUGAUGUUUCAACAAUUGAGUUUGUUUUAUGAUGACUCUAAAGUGUUACAAUGUUAAUAUAAUCAAACUGAGUUAUUUGCUGGAUUGUCAUGUUAUGUUUUGAAUUUAUUUCAUAUUUGAUUCCUAUUGUAAUGAUUUAUUGAUUUGCAUUUUUGUUCUAUUGUGAGCUACUUUGAGCACAUUUUUAAUGGAAAAGUGGUAUAUAAAUUUAAAUAAAACAAUAAAGUAGUGCAUCUUCUGCAAUCUCAGGUGAAUGAAAUCUCAGGUGUUCUCAGUAUACAGCUACUACUUAAAUAAAUUUCAAUUCAGCAUUGAUCCAAGAAAACUUUUUAAAGACAAGUACUUUUUGUUCAUUGAAGAAAGUUUUGCAUGCAUUUUAUACAUGUUUUUAAAAGUUCAUUGCUGGUAUAAUUGAGGAUGACUAUCACAAAAUACAAAUGUUGUAUAAAAUUAGGAUCCAGUUGAUAGAAUGUCCUGUCUUGUCUCAACUCUUGGAUUUUAUUCUCUUUGCAGGUACAACAGCUUUGUAUUUGUUCCUGAUUAUGCAUCCAUCCAUCAUUAGUAACUCCCCCAGCCCCAAAACCUUUGAGGAGGUACAGUUCUUUAAUAGAAAUAACUACCACAGGGGGAUUGAUUGGUAAGAUGGGUUACUAGUAUAAAUCUCAAAAUUUCUAUACUGUGCACAAUACAAAAAUGGCAUUACCAAUGUGAGGUUGUUUAUGCAGACUAAAAUAACUUUUACUAUUCUAAAAAUUAAGUGUGUGCAAAUAAUGUAGCAUCAAUUACAAAUACAAGAAAUGCCAUCUGUGAUUUCUUCCCUUAUUUUACCACAGCUAUUGGAAAAUACUGGUAUAUUUCAAACAAUUAGAUACUUCUGAUUAUACAAAGAAAGAGAAGUUUAAUUACAAUUUGUCACGUUAUGUAAUUGUGUCUUGAAUGGAAAUGGAGUAUUAUCUAGCAGCUACAAUUCUGAGUCUACCUAAAAGACAAUAUAAACCACAACAUUCUAUUCUUUACUAAGGUAGCAAGUAGCAAUUUAAAAAGAACCACUGCUGUGUUUCUUACAUGUCUCUUUAGAGGUUUCUGUUCACUUUCAUAAAAGCUGAUCUUCCUAAACAUGCUGCUGCAUAUGGCUAAAACAGUACACGAAAUGUAGUGGAAUGCCAGCCCACAUAUUUUCAGGAGGAUCUAUAACCAUCCCACAUAUUUUUAGGGGAACAUAGUUGAGUCUGGCUUAACCAUUCCACUUUUCUCCCUCUUUGAAACCAUCUGACUUCCCUUUACCUCCAGCUUCAGGCACAGCGUUAAACAGCAAGAUGGGGAAUAGCCAGUUUAGCAGUAAUUUUAGACGUCUUUGUGUUUUACUCCUCACAUGUGCAAGAGGGAAAUCCUGUAGGACAUUUUCAUGUUCACGUCUCAUUAAAAUGAAUGGGUUCUCUGCAAAAGUAGUCCUUUUCUUGGCAUAAAUGAACUUCCUCUUGGAUUGUGUCCACUGUCUUCUACUUAACCAUAAUAUUAUAUUAUUCCAUUCUGUUCUAAUAUAUUAAUAUUAUUCUACUUAACCAUAAUGUUCUAAUUACCCAUAAUGUUAACAAUGAGGGAAGGUUUAUUGAUACCAUGUAGAGAGUAGUGAGAAAAUAAUCCUUGAAGAGAGGGCCCCAGUCUUGCAUCAGGAUAUUUUGCCUGAUGGACCAAUCGCAGAAAAGAUCCACUCUAGCAGGUUUUCUCAUGGAACUCUGUUCUCACACAUUGAUGCUGAUUCUAUAAGAGUAGUCUACUUUCUUAGAAUGACAAAUGCCAUAUUGGUUUUAUUUUUGCAACAGAUUUUUAUUAUUAAGUCCAACAGGUGGUUUGUGGUUAAUAAAUAUCACAUGUUUAUUUGGUUCGUCAACUAAAAUGCUUGCUGCUGACUGACUCACACACAGUUUGUCACACACAGUUUGUUCAGAUUCUUCCAUUUUUGUAAAUCUGAUCAUCAUAUGAACUGCAACAACUAAGAACAGCCUCCAUGAAGCACUUCUGUUGAUAGUAUUGUACAGUGUUGUUAAGGAGAAAAUAAGAUACAUUACUGGGGGAAAAGGAAACAAAAUGUUGAAAUUUCUCAAAUGUUGUUUCCCUGGACAGACUGUCUUCAUGGACUCUAACAUUUAGCAAGGCUAGUUAUAGGGACAACAUAUAGCAUUGUCUGUGAAUCAAUAUGCUCACAGAGCUGAAAGCAGACAUGGAAGGUAGUUGUAUUGAUUCACAGGCAGUUGUAUACAGUAUGCUUUUCACUCUAACUAGGUUUGUGAGAUGUCAGAACUCAUAGCAGUCUUGUUUUUCUACCACAAAAGCCUGAAUCAAAGGCCACUGACAGAAUGGCUGCAGCUUCUGGCCAGAUCACGUCAACAAAUGUUCCUGCUCCAAAACCUCGAUAAAAUGUGAUUCCAGGUGUGUGUGGUUGGAAAGUUUCUAAACUUCUCAUUUAUCUAAUUAGGAAAUACCGUUUAGCAGACAAGAGCAAACAUUUGGUUACUUCUAUUUGACAAUGACACCUAGGAUUGGUUUAACAUAUUACAAAAUAUAACAGAUAAAGCUUGUCUUUGAAUUUUUUUAAUGUGCUCAAAAUAAGUUCCUUUCUGCAUAAUGCUUGCAACUUCUAAACUGUUCUAAGGAACAUAUUCUUUUUCUGUAGGUAUAUGGAAUUCUUUCCUGCACCUUCAAACAUUACUACAGACUUCCUUUUUGAGAAGAGUGCUAACUAUUUCCAUUCUGAAGAAGCCCCAAAACGAGCAGCUUCUUUGAUUCCCAAGGCAAAAAUCAUCACCAUUCUCAUUGAUCCAUCAGAUCGAGCAUACUCCUGGUAUCAGGUAGAAGAUUUAAGAAUUAAUUCAGGUUCUAGAUUAAUAUAUGAUAAAGAAUUUUGGGUUGCUUGUUUUAGCAUAUGCACCUCUAUUUUAUUUUGAAGGACAAAGCAUUAUUUGAAUUAAGCCUUUCUUAACAAGUCACCACACAAUCCUAGGUAUGACUACUCAUAAAUAAGCCCCAUUUAUUUCAGUGUGUUUAUUCCUAGGUAAAUGGGAUUAAGAUUUCAGCAUCAUUUCUUAAUCUAUAGGUUUGGUUUGGAUUGGACUGCUGGUAAAGACUGGUGAUCCAUUCCUUUAAUUCUCAUAAGUUUAUUAUAGUAUACUUUUCUAUUAUGAUAUUAUUUUCCCUUAUGGCUAGUUUCUUAUAGAAUUCAAUACUGUCCUAGAAAUUUAGAAAGCUGCCUUGUAUUAAGUCAGAUUAUUGGUCCAUCUAGCUCUUCAGGGUCUCAGAACAGUGCCUUUACUAAUCCUACUUGAAGAUUCCAGGGACUGAGCUUUGGUGUGGUGUGACAAGCAGCAACAGACUGCUUCAGCUGAAGAUUUGAUGUGUCCUACAAGAGUCAAUGGAUGUCUCUGGCCUGCCUGUCCCUCAAGCUUCUAUUGCCUUAUUACUAAUUGUAUAGAUAACUGCUCAAGUUUUCUAGCUGCUAAGCUUAUUAACAAUAAUAGUCCAAGGAACAGAGUUAUCUGACUGUCAUUGGCAUAGGCAGUCACUGGUAUAGUCAUACUACACACUGUUUCUCAUUGCUGAGAUGGUGUUUUUAAAAUAUUUUAUUUUUAUCAUUAAUAAGAAUAACAUUACUACUGCUAAACCUAUAUUCAAGUCCCUGGGUAAAGGACUAAUUGUACCCUCCUAGAAUCCAAAUAUGGUCAUUUCUCAACAAAGUAGCUCAUCAAAUGGGUUAGCUCUAAAAGCAAUCAAGGAAAGAUGUUAGUGUUAGCUUCUUCCCACUUUUACAUGGGAAAUUAAAGUGAGGGACAGUUAAUUAACAACAAAAAUUAUAUUGAUUAUUUUGUGCAUACCCUAUUAGUGUUUUACCCAAAGUAAUCAACAAUGUAUCCUUACUGGAAUUAGUUUUUCAUAUAUUUCAUCUGUCCAUUUUCUAUAAAAUUCACAAUUUAGCAUUGUCAAGCAGUUAAAAUUAAAGAAGUAUCCUUUUAAGAGUAGAAGCUGGCCAUUCUGCUAUCCAUUUGCAUUACUUCAAUAUUUUCCCCUCCAGCACCAGCGAUCACACAAAGACCCUGCAGCUCUAAAGUUUACCUUCUAUCAAGUGAUCAGCGCUGGACAUCAUGCUUCAGCAGAGCUUAAGGCUCUUCAAAAGAAAUGUCUAGUACCUGGAUGGUAUGCUACCCAUAUAGAAAGAUGGCUAACUUACUUUCCACCUUAUCAGGUAAAUAUUUACUCCCUCUCUACUACCUUGUGAAAUGUUGAUCUUCAUGGUAGGCUGUUUCAAAAUCAUUUUGGCAACUGUCUGAGCCGCAAAAUAUCCAGGGGCUUCUUCCCUAAAAGUUAGAAGAAUAGUACAACCCAUGCAUUCAUUGGAAUGAUGUACCGCAGUAUUUUUUUCUUAUUUUAAGGUUCUUUCACUUUCUGUCCUAUCUUAAGUCCCACUAUGACCGUAGUAGUGACAGGCAGGGCCUGCUAAAUGAGGUUUCAUGUGAUAAGUCACUGUCAAUCUCUUUGUUGCUGUUGUUUUGCGGUUUCCUGCUAAGAUGCUGCCUGAUUUGCAGGGUAAGUGGCUUACAUGGUCAAUCAACUUAAAAAUAACUCAGCUGCUUUACCUCCUAGAGCCCCUUGCUCAUUCAUAGUGGUCCAAGAGGAUAACAAGCAAUUAAAGAAUGGCACACACCCAAAAAACUGUUUCCUGUUCUGCUUCUGAAUUUAACUGUCACCAGACUGAAUGAUAUUAAGAAAAAGAAGAUAUACAUAUGUUUUAUAUCUUGCUUUUGUUUUCAAAGCUACAUUUGAUAGCAUUUUUCAGGGCAAACCAUAGUUCUAAUUAAUCUGGGUCAAGAUCUUUAUUUCUCUACCAUCACUAGUAUUCCAAGCAGCUUCCAAUUUAAUAUCAUUUCAGAUUUAAUUAGUGAGCCAUUUACCUCACUCCUAGAUCAUUAAAAGUGGUGAUAAAUAUGAAUGGAUUUAUUACUGAUCCCCGGGGCACCUCAGUUCCUCUUAAAGACUGAGCUUUGCGUAUGUGAAAAAAUGUUUGAAGUCUGACAUAUAAUGAAUUUUAAAUACAGUAUUCACAGUUGACUUUUCUACCCCCCCCCCAGUUACUAAUUAUUGAUGGACAGCAGCUGAGAAAUGAUCCAGCUAUCGUGAUGGACGAAGUGCAGAAGUUUCUGGGAGUUACUCCUCAUUAUAAUUACUCAGAAGCCCUAACGUGAGUUAAUUCAUUGAUUUAUUUAACACAGUUUGCAUAGUAUGAUAAAAGUAAGAACUGCAAUAAGGAGCCAGUUUGGACACUAGUAUCUCAGAUUAACAAGCCAAGAUAUGAGUAAGCAUUUUUCCUAUGCACACAGUCUCUUCACAUAAGUUGUAAUUAAAGUAGGAAGUCCAUAAGUAACCAUAGCUUCCCAUUUUGUUUGAACUGGGGAGCAACUGGUUGCCACCUUUUGAGUAAGUUUGACUCAGCUUGAAACCAUUGAAGACUGCCUUGUAAAUACACUAGCUCACAUGUUGUUUUUUGCUAGCCUACUAAGGGGCUAGUGGACUGAUUUCAUGCUAGCCAUAGAGGGAAAGCCUCCUCCUCCAUGUGCUGUAUAUGAAAGCCAACCUGUCAACACAGUUGGCAGAAAGCAUUUUUAUUAGCUUGUUAAUAAAAAUGCUUUCUGCCAACUGUGUUGACAGAGAGGGACAAAGCUGAGGAAUUGUGACUUUCCUUCCACCUCAGACUGGCAGAGAAGAGAUGGAGAAAUCCAGCCCGUCUCUCACUAACUCACCAGCGUGGAAUUCUGUGCACUUGCUACUUACUGAUACCUGGUGGCUUGCUAAAUACCAAGUUGUUUUAGAAUUCUGGCUUGUUCCAAACUUCCUGGUUCAGAAGAAACAAGAAAUUGUGGUUUAUUUGAGCCUUUUUAAUUUGCUUUAAUUUGUUUUAUUUACAACCCAUGCAAAGGGUCAGCAUAUACAGGCAGAAAGCUGGCUCACAAAACAAAUUGUCUUAUUAAGUCAAGACAUGAUCAUCCGAACCAGCUCACUGUUUCUAAUUUUAGAAAUAUGUGGGUUUUUAAAAGCCUCCCCCCCCCAUUUAAUUCCCAUGGAUAAAUAUGUACUCAUACAUGACCUUAUGACAUCACGAUUUCCUUUCGGGAGUGGAGGUGGGAACAACCCAGCUAAUUCACAAUAAUCCUGUUCGCUGUACACAACCACUGGGAAGAAAAUUAUUUCUGUAAAUCUUACUUUAAACAUGCAUAUGGUGAACCACUUUAGAACAGUCAAGACACCAGACAGAAAAAACAAGGACUGUUCUCUAUAAAUUGGUUCUGCUUUUGAAUGGAUAAGUGGAACGCCUUUCCAUCUCUUUGCUCAGCAGCAGAAGAUUCACUAUCCAUAAGCAGCAAGGACAGAAGCUGCUUUUCUUUUUAUUUGAUUAGAAAGGCACAACAAUGCCAGUGUCAGGGAUACAGGACCCACUGUGUAUAUAAUAAAUAGUCAUGUACACAAACCAUUUUGAUUCAAACAUUUAUUCACUUGCCCUUAAAAUGAGAUUGAUAACCUUAGUCUGCUCUUUUGUAUGAAAUCUCAUUGUCUGUUUUCAUAAGAAGCUCUCAAAAAAGAAUAGUGUUCAUUCCCAGACAGUUCUCUAUUUAACACCUCUUAGUCAAUUGUGCUGUUCUUUUUUUGUUGAGUAUGUGGCAAAAAACCCCGACUUUAUCUUCCAUGAGAUAAAGUCAAGUGCAUUGUAAAGACAUAAUGGAUCAAAUUCACCCCUAGAGUAAUUCUAUUGAGCUUUCAGCCUCUUUUACACCAUACUGCUUGACCUGGAUGCUGUGAAUUAUUCCCAUCUGCAUCUAAUUCCAGUGCAUGCUUUUCUUUCCUGUCUACUCUUGUUUGCGAACAAUGAUUUGUUAAAAGAUUUCUAUUUAGGGUUACUUGUUCACUUAAAUGAUCUGAUACAGCUCUCAUAAAAGUACACUCUGAAUUUAUUUAACCUUGGGUGUCUUCUUUUCUUUUUCCAUGCAGUUUAUAUAAGCUGGUGAAUAUUAAUCUUUGCUUAAACCACCAGCACCCAAUAUUUUGGACAAGUGUGCCACAUAUGAAGUCCAGAGUAUGACAUAGUGCCUCUCUAUUGUGCACUACUGUGCCGUAAUAAUUCACCCCGUGCCUUGGGGUAGUGAAAACAGUCGACUUUUUAAAAGAACUAAACAAAUUCAUGGCAGAUGCUAUUAAUUAACUACUAGUCAUAAUGGCCUUAUGUUACUUCGGGUAUCAUAUGCAGUAUGUCUCUGAAAACCAGUUCUGGAGCGCUAUUGCAUUCAUGUCCUGCUUGAUGGCUUCCCAUAAGCAUUUGGCUGGCCGCUGUGAGAACAGAACAUUGCAUUAGACAAGCUUUUGAUCUAAUCUAGCAAGACUCUUCUUAUAUUCAUGCAAACAUUGUCCCUCCCAGAAAACGGGCAUGGAUGGCACAGGGGGAGCCAUCACAUGGGCUCCUCACAUUGAACCUGGAAUUUCCUAUGUUACUCUCAUAGUCUGUGAAGGAAGAACAUUGUAAUGACUCCCACACUAGAGAUGUUAAUGGGCCUCAGUAUUCUAAAGAAGGAUAGGUAGAAACAAUGAAACAGAACAAAUGAUAUUCAUGUUUCUGAGAACUGGUGCACAUUAACCUCAGCUAUGGCUAUGGAAUCCAUGCAGUUGGUUACCCAAGCCGCAAAUACAAUAGUUCUGUUUGAAUAUUCCUGUAACGCAUCUUUUGACAGGUAAACUGUCCUUUUUCACACACAAAAAGAAAUCCCAUAAUGCAUUUGCAGGGGAUCACACAGCACCAUAUUUGAAAGACUGCACCUCAUGAAAUUUUAUUGAAGUCCAAGAAACUAAUGGACAUGUUACCAUUAUUGUUCCUUCUUCCAUGUAAAAGAUGAUGAGUGCUCAGUGGUGUCACCUUUCUUUGAGGGAGCAGCAAGGAAGUGCUUCAUCAGCAUGUGGUGGCAGUGGAUGAGUCCAUUAAUAAUGCUUCAUUUAGAGGUCAUCAUAUGAACUAGCUCUCAGUUUAUGGAGAAAAGGCAACAAUGCAAUAUGGCUUGUAUUUCACUUUUCCCCCCCACACGCAGAAUGAUGUUAUUCAUUGUAUCUAAAGGCAUUAUAUGUUUCAGGUUUGACUCACACAAGGGCUUCUGGUGUCAACUCUUAGAAGAAGGAAAAACAAAAUGUCUUGGGAAGAGCAAAGGCAGAAAGUACCCUCCAAUGGAUUCUGAGGUAAACUCUUAUCAGUUGUGCUGUGGAUAAGAUCCAGCCAAACAUAACAUACUUCAGAGUGAUUUCAGUGAAAGAAACCUUAAGUUUAUACUUAACUCUUCCCUUAAGAUGAAUGGGACUUAACAACUUAGGUUGAAUUGUAAUGUACCCAGUAUGCCAUUUACUUCAUUUGCAGUUCAUCCAUAUGGAUUGUUGUAAAAAUUUGCAUAUUUUUAUUUAGAACUAAGUUUCUCAGCAAAAGCACACAAAAGCUAUUGUCAUAUGCAAUGUCUUGAUUAUUCAGAUUUUUGUGUUACUUGAAAAGGACCAGAAUGUUAAUUAAAUUUAUCCUGAAUUUAGUUAAUUUAUUCCUAAAUUUGUUAGGAAUCCUCUUUAUCUCAGGUGCACAAGUCCUGUUUCUCAAAUGAAGAUAUGAACACUUAUAUGCAUGAGGUGGAGCCUUGGUUGGACUUUAGGAUUCAAGCACCAGGAAGGGGCAGAGGAUAAGGACCUCAGGGUCACAAACACAGACACAAGGCACAGGGGAAAAUUUGCUCAUUAAAUGCUUGGCUUAACAUCAUAGAUACAACAUUAGGGGUAACUCCUCCACAUAAAUCAUCCUAAAUGAUUCUGUAAAACUACCUCAUAUUUCAGAUCUCAGUCUUGCAGGUUGUUGGAAAAAAUGAAGAAUGUUUAUUUAGUUACAGCAUUUAUACUUUCCCCUUUAGCCAAAAGGACUCUGAAAGCAGCUUACAAAAAUUGGUUCUAAGACGGUCCCUAUCCUCAGGCUCACAAUCUAAAAAGACAUGGCACAUCAGGGGGGAAAGGAAUGAGAGGGAAGAGGGGUAAACAAGCUCAGUCACAAGUUCUUAAAAUUACAGUUCUUAAAGUUACAACCAAUGUCAGUGGCAAUUCUGUCUGAUUUCUCCUUGAUAGGGCAGCCAUUCCCCUAAAGCACUCUUCACCCCAGAUCAGAUCCCUAUCAAUAUGGUAUGCUGCAGCCCUUAAGAAAUUGAUGCAUUGAAAGAUCUUUUAUGUGGUAUAUUUACAAAUAAUUGGAUAAAUGUUCACAUUUAUUCAUAAAUGAUUAAAGUGUGAUCAGAGAGGAGUGGGAGACUUUUAGUUUUUAUUCACAAACAUGGUUUUACAAUAAAGCUCACUACCAUGUAGAGAAUAUCUUACACGAUAUCACAUGGAUAUUUUAUUGACUAAGUAGAAUGGCUCUACAAAUUCAGGAAAGACACUGAAAUUGUUCCAAUACUCUAAAACUAGAUUACGGUCUAGCCAAUCAAGCUAGAUCCAUUACUACUAUUUAACCUAGUGAUGUGGACAAAAGAUUUGUGAUUGCUUAGGACAGGAAGCCAAUAUAGUACCCCUCCACACCCCAUAUGUUGGUGAAUUACAGUUCCCAUCAUCCUUUACCUUUGGCCAUAACAACUGGGGCUGUUACUGUAGUCAGUGACAUCUUGACAGCAUUACUCAGCUACUCCUGCUUUAGGACUACUAAAAUGAUCCAGGAUAAGUGAAGUAUACUAUCACACGUUAAAAUUCUUUUUCCUCUAUCAGGUGCAUACUCAAGCUCAUUAAAUGUGAGUUAGUCUUGAACCACCCUACAGUCACAAUCAGGAAAAGUGGGGGAAAGGUGAUACAGGAUUAAGAUUGCACUCAUAGUACAAAUAUGUUAUCCUCUAAAAUGGAUAUGUGCCCCUCCAAAUAUUGUUGGGGCAGUAUCCAACGAAGUAGUUUCAUUUGUACUUCUGGCAGCACAACAGAACUUCCUCUCCCUCUCUUCUCCCCCAAGCUCCAUAAAUCUGUUCUGGGGGUUCCCCCAACCUUUAGACUCUAACUCCCACAGCCACAGCCAACAUGGCAAUAGGCAGGGGCUUGAGAAUCGUAGUCCAGUGGCAUCUGAAGGACCACAGGUUACCUACCACCUGUCUAGCUCCAGGACCAGCAGUUUGUCCCAUCCUGAGAGGUUGUUGUGGAAAGAGGAGGACUCGCUAGGAUUAGAGCACUAUUGUAGUCUCACAGAGAAGGCAUGGGAGCAUUGAAUCUCUUUGGUAACAAAUCCUGUAGCCCUUAGGACUCCUUCUCAGAGACUCUAAUACUGCCUUAAGCUUUUGAAAAAGGUUCUGCAAGUGCAGCUCCAAAUGCUGGAAAUGGAAGCUGUGUGUGCAGGAAACAUUUUUCUGUGUAGUGUCAUUAGAUGGGUUAAAUUGUCUGUGCCUUAAGUAAUUCAAUUGCUGAUACUUAGUUCCAAAUGUGAUUUACCAAAAAAAAAAAAAAAUGGAUUGAGUUCAGAUCAAGAUAAAGUAAAUUGGAAGACAAAAUACUAUACACACUGUAGUAUUUCCCCAAAUAAAAUGUUGGUUUUUGUAUCCCUCAGUGCAGGGUUUUUCUGUCAAGCUACUACAGAGAUCACAAUGUGGAACUCUCAAAGCUUCUACACAAAUUGGGACAACCCCUUCCAUCAUGGCUGAGACAGGAGCUACAAAAAGUGAGAUAGCAUUGGGGAAAAUGCUUCUAGAGAGAGCUCUUCUUCACUUCAAGUAUAAUCAGACCUAAAGUCUCUAGUAGCUACAAGAAAGCUGUUGGGAAAUCUGUCUCUUCAAGAGAACAAAAAUGUGAGGCUUGUGCCGUAUGCUGGCAAGUGGACUGUGAAAGUGUGUGCACUUGUGUCUCUGGAAGUGCAUGGCAUUUCAUUACUAUUUCUGGUUUCAUGGAGAUUUCAUAGGGAAGGUCAUAUGGGCCAGCUCCCACUUAUUUCAUUGGGGCUGGCACAAGAGAACUUCUAGUGGGUUGUGCCUAUAACUUGCUGUGCAAAGGUGGAAAUAAAAAGCAACUGGCCUAGGUUUAAAAACAACAAUAUACAACUGUCCAAAAUCAAAAUAAAUAUUUACAAUUUUAUAUAUUAUAUUCAUAUCAGUUUACGAAUAUUGUGUCUCAUGUCAGUUUUGUAACCCACUGUCUGCCUGCUGAGGUUUCUUAUUGUUUGAUUACAAUGCUGUGUCUUUUUUAAAAUGAGAAAAUACGUAGCACAAAAUGCCAGGUGUAUUCCCCCUUUGCAAUCUGAUUCAAAGCACUGAACUAGGUUUUUUUAAAAGUCAGUUUAUGUCGUUUAGAAAUACAACAUAGGUGGGGAAUGCAUCAUAGUAUUCAAAGAAAUGAUAUGUAUUUGAGUUGGCUGGCUGAAACCUUUCACCUCAAUUCACUGAACUGGGAGUUGCUGUAGCAUUGUGGAACCUGUCCCUUCCUGAACAGAUGACUGAUGGAAGAAGUGCUGCAGAUGCUCUGCUUGUAGAUCAGCAUCAGAUGUGCAUGUCCAACCAGGGAUAUUUAAGAUAUUUAAGAUUUUCCCGAAGUACAGAAGAUUCUCCCAAAUCACAGUCUUACACAUUCUAGUCACCUUUUACUGCAUCGGGGUCUUCGGCCACUGCAGGAAAAAUACUUAGGCGUAAUUUGCAAGGCUUUGAUUGUUUCGCUUGAAUACCACAAACAAAAACCCUUACAUUGUUGAAGCAAAGAAUUCCAAAAUAAUUAAAUCCAAACUUGUAAAAUAAUUUUUCAGGUUCACAGGAGUAAAAAAUCAUGUCAGAGAAAAUAAUGGUGUUGUUUUUAAAAAAUUCAUAUCCUUUUUUUAGUCAGCCUUUUGCCACUAGCUAAGCUGAUUUCCCAUCCCAACUUCCCCUCCUCCUGCCUAAAAUUGGAAAAGAUUCCACUAAUUCACUAGUCCUACAUCAGACGGAGAAAGUGGCAAGUAGCAUACUCAUAUCUGAUUUGCUUUAUUUACAUCAUUACGUGUUCUACAUGCUUUGGAUUUCUUAGGUACUAUAUUAUGCAUUUCUUUAGUAUUUUCAAAAUGAACAGAUUCACAAGCUAUGGAAAGACAUUUGGAGGGAAUAUCUGCAGUUAAGUUAAUACAACAAAUUAAUCAAAAUUAUUUUUUAAGGAAUGAACAUUAUGCUGCUGGCCUAAAAAAAUUAUGAACACAGUUAACUUUAAAAACCGAUGAUGAAAUUUCUGAAAGCAUGUAGCUCUGAUAAUUAAUAUUUUACAACACUAUAAUGACUAAAUGUGUAGCAAAGCUAGACAAUAUUAUGAACCAAGUUUACUCUAUUGAUAUUUGGCUCAGGGUGCUUUAAAACUAAAUGGCUAGAUCUCUAACCAAAUAUAUCAAAAUAUUAGAUAUAAGACAGUAAUUAUGCACCAUUAUUUUCAUUACCGUUUACUGGAUGUAGCAUCACCCAGCCAAGGUUAAGCACUGUUCAGUCCCAAUUAUUUUAAUGGAAAGCUGCUCACAUGCUUAAAUGUGCUUGGAGCCCCCAAUUUAGGAAGCACUACAUUAAUAAGGAAAUCUUUUAAGCCAUUAGUCCUACUCCUUACCUUUUUGUUAAGUAAAGCAAUAAACUGAGUGCAAAUGGCCCCUUUAUUCAAUAUAGAAAUAACAAGAGCUCAAACUUUGUCAUUACCAUUUUAUGAACAAAUAUACAAUUGUACUUGAACAACCACAUGUAUGCAGUAUCCUUUCCAUUUGUGAACGAUUCUCUGCAAAAGAGUGCUUUCUUUCUUCCUUAUCCUGUCAUACAAAGCUAUAAUAGGUUCCUCCAAUCUACUGGUUUUCAAACUUUUGCUUGAUAAAUAGAAGCUUGGCAUUACUCAAAGAAAGAUCUUUAGUGGCAGGCAAGUGUCCUUGAAAGAUAGUUUGCUAACCACAACCAAUCUUCUGAAGCAAAGUGCUGGUUUUAGGCUGCAAUCCUAUACCCACUUACCUGUAAGUCUCAAUAGAGCUACUUUUGAGUACACAUGUAUAGGACUGCACUGUGAAAAAUCCAAAAAUUCAGGUAGGCAUUUUAUACCUCCCACUAGUUUAAAUGACUGCACAAACAAAUGCCAGAAUAAAUUCCAGCAUAAAAUCUUUACAUAUUUACUUUAACAUAGUUCUUGUGAAAACUCAUGGAAGUGACUUUGAAAGUUGGCUAUCUGAAACAGCUGUGUCAAUAAAAACAACAACAGUGUGAUUAUUUACAGGACAUCAUUAUUAAAGGUACACACACAAAAAGGGAAACAAACAAUGAAGUAAACCAAGCAACCCAUGCAGUUACACAUGGUUCUGCUGCAGUAUUUGCCCAGUACUACACAUGAGAAAAUGAGGAGUGGAACUAAUCUUCAAAAUAUAUUGUACAGAUUAUCCUUAUUAUUGCUGGAAAAUGUGAAGCUUCCUCAGGAAGAAUAAAAUAGGUAUUUCAGUGUUUAUAAAUGUAAUAUUCUUCUCAUUCACAUUGAAUGAAAAUUGCUGGAAAUGUUUUUCUCAAAUUUUUUAAAAGAAAAUAAAACUAGACAUUAUUCUGAUAGUGGCAUGAUUUCUGCUGUGCAACAAUAAACUCUGAUAAAAAACAGCCUCUCCACAUUGUAGUGACUUUAUUCUAAUGCAGUUUCUUUUACUGUUUGACAUCAAGUUACAACGUACUAUAGAAACAGCUGCCUCGGAGAGAUUUUUUAUUUUUUUUGAAGUUGCCUGCUGUUUCUAUGUUAAUAACAUUAUUCUGAGGGGCUCUUUGUUUUACUGCCUUGUCAUUUUACUAUCUUUGAUGGCAGAAUUUUUCAAGUGUGCUACAGUUACACAUCCAUAGUAUUACAGUAAAGGGAAGCAAUACAGAAGUCAAUAAAAGUUACUUAGAACAGUGAUAUACCAUACUGAAGAAAGCCCAGCAUUUUAACACUAUUAAAAGUGAUAGGGAGAACAGCCUGGUGUUUUCCAAACAAUUUAGUUUUUGACAGCACAGCACAGGAAAGCGCCAUAGCUCAGUAGCAGAAUGCAUGUAGAAGGCUCCAUUUCCACUUAAAAGAAAUACAGUGGUACCUUGGUUCUCAAACUUAAUCCAUUCCAGGAGUCCGUUCAACUCCCGAAACUGUUCAAAAACCAAGGUGUGGCUUCCGAUUGGCUGCAGAAGCUUCCUGCACUCUAGCGGAAGCCGCGUUGGACGUUCAGCUUCCAAAACGUUGGCAAACCGGAACCUUACUUCUGGGUUUGCGGCAUUUGGGAGCCGUCUGUUUGACAACUAAGCCAUUUGAGAACCAAGGUACCACUUUAACUUGUGUGACGCUGCUGAAAACACCUCCCCAGUAAAAUCAAACGUGAUAACGCUGCAAGUUAUAGCAUGCCCCCACUCCAUUUCAUUGGCUGUUGGUUUAGCUUAUAUUCCAAAAACAUCUGCUUUUGGCCUGAGGUCACAAUACUGGGAAAGACCCCAUCCACUAUUGCUCAGGGUAGGCCAGGUAAUACAGAUGAAUGUUUCGACAGGCAAACUGCUCAAAACUAGUUUCCAACCCUAUAAAACUAUGUGUACCUAUGAAGAACUGCCACCUCUGGAUGGUUAAAUGAGCAAAGCCACAUGGAUGUAUCCAGUCCAGCAAUUAUUUGCACCAUCUAUUACUGAUAUUUACAUGCAGAAAGAAGCAGUCCAUAUCACAGAAGAUCUACUACUACUUGAUCUCCACAGCCUGGGUCUUUUAUGCAAAAUCAUGUAGCCUGUGUACAUUUUGUCUAUCUUAAUAGCCUCUGCUCUUAACUUCCUUCUUUAUAUUAUUAUUUAUGUCUCUCCUUGGCAUCAAAAAAGCCCUGCUCAAAUUGUAUUAAGUCAUAAGUAAAGACAUUCAUGCAAUUCCCAUACAAAUUCCUGAUUUCCACGGAUCUUUGUUGAAGUAUUGGUGUUUGGGAUUCUCACCCACAAUCUGUGUGGCAGUUCAGGUUUUUAUAUUAUUUCAGUACAAUGGAACAAAAUCCUUAAGUCAAAUAAUGGGAACUCUCCAGUGGCACCCCCACCCUAAAUUUUCCACUCUGAGGAAGGCUGUUCCUUAGUAUGAGGCAUUAUUCUGCCACGGCAAAUACAGUGGUACCUCGGGUUACAGAUGCUUCAGGUUACAGACUCCGCUAACCCAGAAAUAGUUCCUUUUGGUUAAGAACUUUGCUUUAGGAUGAGAACAGAAAUCGUGCUCUGGCGGUGCGGCGGUAGCGGGAGGCCCCAUUAGCUAAAGUGGUACCUCAGGUUAAGAACAGUUUCAGGUUAAGAACAGACCUCCAAAAUGAAUUAAGUUCUUAACCCGAGGUACCACUGUACUGCUUAAGGAGUAGUAAGUCGUUAAAACUGUAACAACGUACUACUAUUUAACCUUAAAUAGCAUUUGCCAAUGUCGCUGCUACUCUUUUGGGCCAACAUUCCAAUCUUGGGACCUCCCUGGGGGGGGGGGGGAGAGGUACUUGGGUGGCAAAGCUUAAGUUCUUUUAUUUAGUGUAUGCUUGGGGUUUUUCUGUCAGCGUCACUUGCAGAAAUUCUCUUUCUAUUCGUUUGUUAUGUUUCCUUGGUGGUGAGAGAGGUUGGGGUGGCCUAGGGUGUGGUUGAUCGUCUUUGGCUGGCUGCAGGGGAUUUGUUUGUGUGUGGGUGAGGGGGGUUGUCGGGUUAAGUUAGUCAUAUUGAACCGAAUGCUGUCAGUUGGUUAUGAGCUCUUUCUAGUGUGAGUGGGCAUUGUUAUCUCGGAAGGUGUUCAGUAGGGCCAGUUCUGGGGUGACUUCUAGUACCUGUUUAUUUGGCUUAUUUCUGGUAUGACCGCACACACUCCUUUUCUGACUGGAUCCUCGAUUACUUGGUUUGGUGGGAUCUGCUGGUUCAGACACAGCAUAUGUCUGAGAAGGCCCCACGUGGGAUCAUGGUGAGGAAGUGCGAGGAAAAAACUGUUGUGACAUUGCUUUCUUUGGCAACUUGGAAGCUGUGGUGGGAUCCAGAAACGGCAACCUGGAGCCCCACUGACCACUUAACUGCUCUCUUCUCCAUCAGCUUGGGAGCUUUUUCUGAGACGCUUGCAGGGUAUGAUAGCAUCCUUUGUCGUCUGAACAUCUUUAUCAAGAUGCUAACAGAUCUGCCUGCCUUUGAUCAGUUGUGCUUCAAGGGAAGCUCACCAGUCCUCUGAUUCUUUAAUAUUUUCCAGCCCAGAUAGAGGUUAACCAAAGGAUCUCACGAUAGUCAUCUCCAUGCAGGAGCAAGGAAGCAUAGGAGAAACCGAUGCACCACAAGAGCAUAUUGGAUGGGAUGGCUUUAAAGAGGGCUAGACAAUUGCAUGGAGGAGAGGCCUAUCAAAGGCAACUAGCCGUGAUGGCUAUGCUCAGCCUCCCGUGCUAGAGGGAGCAAUGCUUCUGAAAAGCACUUGCUGGAAGCCACAGAUUCCCCAAACGUGUUUCACAAGGACCCCUUCCUUCCCUCUGCCCCAGUACCUGAAGGUCGUCACGUCUCUCCAUGGAUUUGGCCAGAACAAAGUAUAUGUUGGGGGAAAGCUCCCUCCCUGCAAAGAAAAGGGAGGAAUCAGCAGGUGCCUGGCUUCCAGCCAUGCUAGCACCAGUCUGGUGCAUGAGGGUGGGGGACACGGGAAGGAAGCAUUCCUAUAGUAUAGGGCACUCAAUUGGCAUUUCCACCUACCUGAACUCUAAGCCUUUCCCCCUUUUGUUCUGGCCUCUCUCCCAAGGAAGAUGCAAGCUCUUGCUGGAAGCCACCUGUGGGGAGAGUGUUCCUAUGUUUCAGAAGCAUCUUUUUGUUCCUUUAGCUGCUUGAUAUAGUCAUAGAAUGGCAGGGUUGGAAGGGAAUCCAAGGGUUAUCUAGUCUAACUCCCGGCAAUGCAAGGAUCCUGUCCACAGCCAGUCCUGGCUGGGCUCCGAACUCCAGCCUUCUGGUUACCAUUGCAAUUCUGCAUGGGGUGGAGAAAGGGGAGAGAGAAAUGUGUUGCUUACACUCUCAUAACACUGAUAUGAGAUCCACACCAUACAGCCCUUUCAAUAACUAAAGUCUAAAGGGCUGUGACAUGGAGGAUGGAGCAAGCUUGUUUUCUCCUGCUUCAGAGGCCCUUAGGGCCUGAAGCAGUGACUCACCUUCCUUGGAGGUUUUUAAGCAGCACUUGGAUGGCCAUCGGCCAUGGAUCAUCUAGUUGAGAUUCCUUCAUUGCAGGGGGUUGGACUAGAUGACCCUCGCGAUCCCUUCCAACUCUACAAUUCUAUGAUACUAUGUUUUAAAGAGCAUCCAAUGUGCCUUUAAAGCACAUGACUUCCCCUGAAAUGAUUUGUGCCAUUGUGGCUUCCCUCUCACAGACCUACAAUCCCCAGAACCCCUAACAAACUACAAUUCCCAGGAUCAUUUGGGGGGAAGACAUCUGCUUUUUAGAACAGGGAUGGAGAACCUGCAGUUUGCUCACCCCCAUUUUUUAGAAAGCCAGGAAUGGGAAGCUCAAGUGCUUCUAACAGUAUGGUUAUAGGGGAGCAGCAUGGAUAAAAUAUUGAAUGUAAUAGAGUUAUUAAGGUAAUUGUAUCAGAAUUAUUAUGGGAAUAUUAAGGAGGGGGAAGAGAGAUUUUGGAAUUCUGGUGGUGAGUGAUGAUUGGAUGAUGGUUUGAAAGGGAGUUUGAAUGUGAGGCAGUUGAGAGUCAGUUGAGAGCAGUGGGUUGUGGAGCGGGUGGUUGGGCAACUAACUAUACAGUUUAGGAUCAGUAGUCUAGUCGUCCUUGUUGUAGUAAAGCAGCAUAUAAGAUAAAGAGAAUUUGAGGCCAUAAGUCUCAUUUAGUGAGGGUGCAAUACCUAGGAUCUGGACCAAACAUUGAUAUUUUUUGCUCUUUUCUAGUUUCAUAGGUUUAUGUUCUGGUUCUAAUGAUGUAAUGGGGUGGGGGCUCUUUAAAUAUUGGGGGCUGCUACACACUCCUUUUCUUCUUUAAAAAAACAAUAAUUUCCCCUCGCUUUCAAAAGCACAUGCAUUGUUUCUAUUAUGUUUAAUGUAUGUAGAGUUUGGUGUCAAACACCGCCACCCGACGCCACCCCCAUCCAUCUUCCCUCUCUCCAUCCCCCCUUUCUUUUUUCUUUCUUUUUCUUCUCCCCCUAAUGCCUCAACAAAUGAAACAGAUUUGUAAAAAUUUUACAUGUAAAAAAAAAAUACAAGGCAUUACACUUACUUCUGUAAAACAAGAAAAUCCUUAAUAAAAUAUUUUUUUAAAAAAAAUAAAAAAUAAAGGGGGGAAAGCACAUGCAUUGUCUCUUUCUUCAGGUUCUUCAGUUACAUUUGUUUUGAGACAUUGGUGUUAUAUGCAGUGUAGGGUUGGGAAGAAAAGAGAGAGCAGCAUACUGUCAGCAGAAGUCGCUGGAGAGCCUUGGAUGAAAGGAAGAAGUGAUCUGUGCAGAAGUGAGGCUCACGGGGAAGCAGCAAUGGCUCUGUGUCAGGCAGCACAAUGUCCUGUUAAGCAUCCUCUCACACUGCAGAAAAAAAGUUGCACUUAACCCUCAGUUACAGCUGACUGGCAGCUUAUUACAUAUGAAGUGAAGAACAGGAACAACUUGAGAUAUACAUGACAAUAUACUCCUUGUUCUAAAUUUGUGUCACAAUAGUCAAUUUGUGUCUAAAUCUUCAACACUAUUAAUACCAGAGCCUAUGGAGUAUCCAUUGGAACAUCCAAGUGGGCUAAGAAAUCCUAAUGAAUUCACUUCAAUUUAUUCUAAAAGCAAAAAAUAAAAACUUGAAUAAACUGUUUGGCUUUAAGUAGAGACAAACAACAAUCGCUAAAACCAUCUACAUUAUAUGUGUAACUCCAGAGAUUAUAGCUUGUCUGCAGCAGCACUUAAUGUGACUACAAGUACAGAACAAAGCUUUAAAAUUCUGGUUACAGUGAAAUGCUUCCAGUAUCAAUUGGAAUGAAAGCAGAAACUGAAACCAUCCCUACUGCUCAUCAACUUUUCAGAAAGCCUCUACAAACAAUAAUGAUCAGUCCUGUUAUUAAAGCACUUGGGUCACAACCCAACAUUCUAGAAAGCAUAUAUGUGCAUCAAGUCUCUCUUUGCCUUUGGGGAAUACGCACACUGCUCAAAAUUUUUGGGGGAAGACAUAUAAAUUUGGGUUGAUUUGUAUACUAAUGACACCAUCAGUCUCAACAACUGAUUUGCAAAGAUGGAACAUUUUUGUAGUAAUAAAAGGCAUCACUAUUUUCAAUAAUUCUGCUCAGCUUGAUGAAUCAUAGAAUCAUAACUAUAGAGUUGGAAGAAUUGAAGCAUCAUCUAGCCCAACUCCCAGCUAAUGACUAUAGUACCUUCCUCUGAAGAGCACAGUCAGGUGCUAAACCUUCCAAAUCUGAAGCUGCAGAGGUAGACAGAGAUCCUCAACAUCUCCUCAAAUGUGAGGAAAGUUGGAAGAUGUUUGGCAGUUGCACAGCCAAAAGGCACCUGGAGAGUCUUAACCUCAUAGGACUCAACUGGCAAUCCUUUCCUGCUGCUCCUCAGUACAGUAAAGGCGGGCAAGCAGAAUGUGCCUGUUGGACUUCCCUACCUGAAGGCCCACUUCAAACAGGGACUCUCUACUCACUUGCACCCAAACUGCUAUUUUCCUUCCCUCUGGCAACGGAGGAUGUUGGAUGUUCCUGCAUAAAGGUGCUCAGGGCACUUUCAAGCAGGGAUGCCCAACUAGCAACUCUCUCCUUCAAGCAGUGAUGCCCAUUCUGGAAUGCCCUUGCUGGAGGCUGGGGCAGCAGGUUUGGUGCAAGUUGCAACUAGCAAAAAAAAUGUAAUUAUUGAUUACUGCAUCCCAUACAGUAUAUGGAAUAUAUACAUAAUUACAGGCAGUUAAUACAUAAAAGUAACUGCAUUAUUUAAAUAUGUAAAACUUUCCCCUCAAAAUUUGGUCAAGGCUAUGAAGCAAAAGCACCAUCCAGUGGCCAAAUUUAUUUCCUACUACGUAUGGUUUUCCGAGUACGGCAGAUUGAAUGAAAAGCACAGGAGCAUCCACCAAUCAUUGUUUAUUUGUUUAAAUGUAUACAGUAGACCGAAAGGAUCGCUGCCGUUUCUUAAUGUUUCUCUUGACUACGAUGCGUUUGAUGACACGAAUUUCUCUAGUACCAGACUAUUUCACAUAUUACAUCACACAAAGAGAUCAUGGUUUUCCUACCCCACCCCAGAAACGGGUUCACGGGGCCCGAUGUGUUUUGCUUAAUUCGCUGCACAGUAAAACGAAUACUGUACGUUCUCUGUCUCCGAUUCGUUACUGGGAACUACUUUGGAAACCAGUAAGAACUCUUCUGUAAAGGCAUCAAUUCACAGGUAACUUCGCGAUUUGUUCCACAUCAAUUCAGAACUACUAACAGGCGGCUGCCCACGUACAACCCAUUUACAUGUUGCUUUCGCGAUAACGACUUCUGUGUAGGUUAACAGCAGCUCCCCCAUAAACUAGCCUACCUUCUGUGGAAGUGGAGGCGCCUGGCCUCAGCCCCACUAAGUUCAUUCAUGUGGUUUCAGAGAGCUCAAUGCAAGUACGACUAGUCUGCCAAUUUACACUGUGUCGCAGGCGGAGGCCCCGCUUGCUUGCAAGGUACAGACUUCCGUGAAGCGCACUUGAGAGACUGAAACCUCGCCCAACCGAAAGCGGGAGACGGU